AUGAACUUUGGAAAUAUACUACUUGUGACGGUCUCAUGCAUCACCAUCACAUCAGGUAAGUGAUCUCAUGCUUUCCUGGAGGUGUCUCUGCCUCCUUUUCCUCAUACACUUGCAUGUGGCGUCUCACUUAUCUCGUGUUUUUUAGACGUUCCUGCUAAAUAAACGCUCCCCCUUUAUAAAUAACCAAGUUGUCUAAAGAAAUAUCACACACACGCAUUGGUUUGAGAGGUUUAAUAUCACUGGUGUGCGCAAUUUGUCGGAGUUUCCCCCUGAGCCCCCGGGUGGUCACGCAGGGGGCCAUUACGCAGCAGGAGAGGUCAGAGGUAGCUCCACACUACAGACGAAGUGAAACCAUUUAACUCUCACUUUUAGCACAUGAACUCUCUAUGACUGUGGCACACUCCACAAAACCUCCACCCCCAUCUCUAAAGGGUUUUGUGGUUGCGCACAUAAAUGCCUUCGGCGGCUCAUUUUGAUUACUACUCAGGAUAGGAUUAUGUUUUUUUUUUAACCAUUGCUUUUAAAACAGCUAUGUUUUGAGCUUCAACCCAAACCCCCCAAAAUUAAAGCUGGGAUCAGAGAAACAAUUAGUUUGAGUGCAGUCAUUUUUAUUGAGUUUUAUUGUCAUACUAACUGGUUACAGCUUUUGACACACAAAUAGGACAGAUGACCAGACAUUAAAAACCUGAGUGGUUUUCAAGCAUUCAAAUUAAAUUAAGCUUGAUGGGCGUGAAAUCAGGAACAGGUUUUUACUUACAGAAGCAAAUUAUUGGGUUUUGGCAACCCCACCAAAUAUCUGCUUGGUUGUGAAAGAUGCUUUCUCACAAACUGUAUCUCAGUCUGUUUUGUUGUAUGUCUGUAAAGCUUCCCAGUGGCGCUAUGGAGUUGUGUUCAGUUAAAGAUGGUCCCUCUGUUGUAAAUAAUUAACUCCAGGUGCUGUAUUUUUUGGGGCACCUUGGAGCAGUGAAAGCUAGCUGAAAAUACAUUAACUCGCUCUACUAGCUGAUAGCAUGUUAGCAUAAAGUUGCCUAUGUGCACAUUUGAAUACAACAGCCAGCUACAUUUUGCUACUAACAGAAGCAAAUUAUUUGGUUUUGGCAAUCCCCCCCAAAAUAUCUGCUUGGUUGUUAAAGAUGCUUUCCCACAAGCUGAAACUCAGUCUGUUUUGCUGUAUGUCUGUGAAGUUUCCCAUUAAGCUUUGACUGAUAGUGGCGCUAUGGAGCCCUGUUCAGUUAAAGAUAGUCCCUCUGUUGUGAAUAAUUUACCCCAGGUGCUGUAUUCCUUUGGGGGGCACCCAGGAGCAGUGAAAGCUAGCUGGAAAUACAUUAGCUCGCUCUACUAGCUGAUAGCAUGUUAGCAUAAAGUUGCCUAUGUGCACAUUUGGAUACAACAGCUAGCUAUGUUUGCAUUUGGAUACAACAGCUAGCUACAAUUUGCUACUACCAGAAGCAAAUUGUUGGGUUUUCCAUUAAGCUUUGACUGAUAGUGGUACUAUGGAGUUGUGUUCAGUUAAAUAUGGUCCCUCUGUUGUUAAUAAUUUACCCCAGGUGCUGUAUUUUUGGGGCAGUGAAAGCUAGCUGAAAAUACAUUGACUGGCUCUACUAGCCGAUAGCAUGUUAGCAUAGAGUUGCCUAUGUGCACAUUUGGAUACAACAGCUAGCCACAUUUGCAAUUUGGAGUCCUGUCUGUGCUGAACUUUAGAGGGUUUUGUUCAGUACAUUUGUUGUUUUUCUCUAUUUUGGGUCUCCACCAACUUCUGAGUGAUUAAUUUUUGCAUCUUCAGCUGCGUAAUGUUACACUUUUCACUAGCGUAACCUAGUUUUGCAGUUAAUGCCAAACAGAAAGCAAUAGUAGAAGUGAGGUAUCUGAAAACUUAAAGCUCCAGUGAGGAACUUUCUUGUUGUGUAAAUGUUGCUGCCCCUUAUGGACUAAGCAGUAUCUCUAACAUCUUUAUUGUCAUAUUGUGUUCAUGUGUAAAAAAGCUUUCUCAUGCUACCCCCUCUCAGUGGUUACCUGUCACUCAGUACUUUCACAUGUUGUUAAAAAAAUCUAUUUUUGCCUUAGUCUGACUGAAACUAGCAUAAUAAAAAGAUAAAUAAAACAGAAAAGCAUUAGACUGAGUGAAAUCACACUCAACUGAACCUCUUGUUCUAACAAACCUACAUAAUACGUAUUUUCUCCUCUGUGUACAUGACUCAGUUUGACUGAAACUGGCCUUCGUGUUCUGCACAUGCUCCAGUUUUCACACGCCAGCUGGAAGUUGACCAUCCUGAAUACAUUGCCAAAAAUUCGAGUAGUAAACAAAACCCAGAUGGACAGAGAAAGGACAUAAAAAAGCCAAACUUUACUAUCAAAAGUGACAGUGUUUACCAUACAUCCUGUAAGUCUCUUGCUAGCGUGUGUAAUUGAUAGUUAUGAGCUCUAAAUUGUGAGCCUCUGUAGCAUAGAUAGGCAUGCUUAUUAAGAACAGUAGUCCAGUUAAUUUGCCUAAUCAAGCUGUGACAGAAGCUCGACGUAACUGUGCAUGUGAAUGUACCAAGUGAUGGUCUUGUUUGCUUUUGUAGGGCAUAAAGAAGCAUCACUGUUAAUUUCAGCCUGUGACACAAGCAGCUAAAAACUUCUCACUGGAGCUUUAACUCAGGGCUGCAAAACCAAAUUAACCGAAAUCGUUAUCUUUAGCCAAAGGGGAGUUUCAGAAUCAAGAGACGUUGCUCUGUGAGAUUAUUAUUGAUUGUAGCAGCUUCAAGAUCUAUAAAAGUGAAAAAAUUAAUCUUGUGUCUUUUUGGUGUUUCUCCAAUGCAAUUUCUUUUAACUUAUUGGCCGAUAUGCUUGUAAACCAAUGCAUCUGCUAUAAGUUAAUAUGAGCCGAUAUAUCUCUAAGGCUGCUUUGCCAGUCUGGCUUUAUUUCAGUGCUUCUUCAAUGGUGCGCUGGAACAGUUUUACUAUAAAUCCUGAGCGUCACGGCCACUUGUGUCGCUUUCUUUCUCUCACCCACGCCAUCUGUCUACAUCUAUUAAUCUGGUGUAAGCAUUAUCUCUUAUUCCCACCUCUAUUAUACUUUGCUUCCCCAUAGGGUAGUGAGUGUUUGAAUAAAGAUACUUCAGAGGAGAGGAGUCAAACAAGCUUCAUGAGCUCCCUGGGAGUCGUGUCAAGACUAAUACCCCUCUGGAGGGAUUUAGUCUGUAGUUUUUUUAGUGGUGAAAUCAAAGAUGUGGGAGUCAAAGCACCGUAUGUGCUCUUUAUGUCAAAUCCAGCCAAUAGCAGCUCGCCUCCUGGCUUUAGGAUAUGCAGGGUUUUGUGUCUGGUUUCCUCAAUGCUUGAUGGGAAAGUGAGCAAAAACAACACAUCCUCUUCACAAAUUGCAGCUCUUUCUCUCCCACACACUCGCUCGCUCUCACACAUAUGCAAAUAAAAUCUCAAUUAAGACGCCAUCAGUGCAGCCCCUAAUAUAUUUCAUUGAAUCUGAGUUAUCUUGCGCUGCAUUCAGACUCGGCUCAGAGUGGAACCAAUCGAUCCCAAACAAGAGUUAGCCGGUGAUUUGUGUCCACUCUGUCCCUCCGCUCAUUACUUGGUGACAAACAUAGCUGACGGCGGAGUAAAGCCUCUCACCGCGCCUCUUGAUGAAACAACCACGGGCAAUGAAACCUCUGCAGGAGCUGGUCUGUCCUGUAAUGUGCCACAGGCUUGAGUCAUGUUGCCGGAUGUUGAUGAUGUCCCACUUCUGGUACAGUCAGGGAUGACAUCAUUCAGAGAUGAGAUUGUGGGCUGGUCGCCAAACAAAAGGCUCAAAAAGCCCCGACUGUUGCCAGAAGAAAUUAAAACCUGACUUCUUUGCUUUGAGAUGUGGUUUGUGUGGCACGCUAUCGCCUUCCCGCAGAGAUUAGCUGGCAAUGUCACAAGAACUCCUUGAAUGUUUUUGGCCUUUUCAAGUAUGUAAAUGAAUUGAAAUUGAAAAAGACACGAGUAAAUCUCAGCAGACAGCCACCAGCCUCUCAGACAAGCUGCCAGCCAGCUGCCUCUGUCUUACUUUAACUUGCAGGGGGAAGUUAGACUGUGAGAAGUCUGCCUAUCAGGUAGAUAGUUAUGUUUUCGGGCAGAUAUCAAGCUCAGAUCUGAGACAGGUCCAGCUUUUUGUAUGUUUUAUUUUGCUCCAAGCCUGGCUGUCGCUAAAAGGCAAGAAAAAUCUGAAGCCAAACAGAGACGUCCCUUUGAGGGUUUGGAUGUUUUCACACAUUAGCGUGACAGCAGUACACUUGUGCCCCUGGGGAGGAUGUGAGGUUAAUAUUUAGACAUACUAAUUAAUGAAAGCCCCCCCCCCAUUAUGCAAUGCAUCAGCUUGAAGCCAAGAAAUGCCAUAUAUAGCUAGGAUCAACAGGGUUUUCAUGACGUGAUCUUGAUCGCCCCCUCAGCUCUUAGCCUGCUAACUCUGUCUGUUCAAUGAGGCAGAAAUGUAGGCGAUGCCAUGAGCAAACAUUUGGGCGCGUGUCUGAGUUUGCAAUUAGCGACAAUGUGGUAGCAUGUCUAUCAGAGCUGCAUGAGGUGCUAAUAGGCUCUCAUUUUGACAGCGGUUGCUUUCUUUCCCUGGAUUUUUUCAUUUGCUUUGUGAAUAAAUAAAUACAUUAUUACUUAUCAGAGUCAAUCUUGACAAUUAGCACAGUGAAUCCGCCUUAAGAGAAGAUGAUAUGAAUUAAGUCAGAGCUCUGAAAACAAAGAGUCAUGCACAUUACUGUCCCUCGUCCACGGUCUAUUAAUGAAGCGUCAGCACUCAGAUGCACCACACAUUACUUGCAGCUUUUAUCAUUUAAUGAUAUUAAUGCAUCUAUAUCUAUUAUAAACCUAUUUAAUAACAGAAAUGUAGUGAUGGCAGUGUGAAAACAAGGUGAAAGGGGAUGCUUGAAGAGAGAAAACAGAGAGCUGUGCAGCUCUCAUCAGCUUUAAUUUAGCUCAGUAUUGAGCUGCUCUUAUGGUUGCUGUUAAGUUUUCUGUUACGAUGGUCACAACGAGAAAAACUUUUGAAAAAUUUAAGUAACAGAAAUUUACAGUUGCUAGUUUUAACUAACAUUACCAUAUUGAGACUUGACAGCUGCCUUUUUUUGUUUUGAAAUUUCCAAGCUUUGGCGUUUAGGGUGAGGAUAUUACGUAAACAUGCACCAAUAAAUGGGCCGGCCGAUCAAUCGGCACUGAUUCCCUCAAAUUUGGGGGAUCGCUGAUCGGCUGAUCCUUACAUAUGAAACCAGUUUUAUCCACCAAUCCUAUCUACCUCAGUAAAGGUCUAAAAGUCAGCCGUUUUAGCUUUUGGAUUUGCCAGAAUGACAGGCCCACCCACCUGGUCAUAUGUGCACGCAUGUUAUAAAAAAAAUCUGUAUCGGCCAAAAUCGGUAUUGGCAGGUCAAGCUUUUUAAAGAUCAGUGAUUGGCCAGAAAUUUGUGACAGUGCACCCCUAAUAUUGAGCAAAUUCUAGCGUUAAGAUUCCGGAGUGGGGCCCUUCCUCGCCAAUCACUCCAGUGGCAACAGUGGUUGCCCAGAACCAAAAAGUGAUUUAUGCAACAAAAACUGCAUCAUCCACACCAGACGCAGGUAAUUAGAUUGUUUAAGUGAUGAUGUGUUUAUGUUUUUGGUUAUUUUAUCUAAAAAUUAAAGUAACACAAGCCGACAUUGGUGAAGUGAUGCAAAAGAAAGUCAUUAUUUACAACAGAGUUUUAGGACCACAUACAAAACUAUGACUUAUUAAUGUUAUUUUCUUACAUUCGUUUAUCUUAUGAGAUUAAACACAUAUUGUUUAAUAAAAUCCUUUAAAGAAGUCGUGUUAAGUGAUGAUAGUAUGAGAAUAAAGUCUUCAAAGGUAAUGCUAAUGUUAACCCCAAAAUUUUCUUCUGUUGCCUGUCCUGAUCUGGUUUUCCUUCUUUCUGUUUUGAUUUUUUUGGAUGGAAAAUUUCCUCUGAGCUACUGUAGAAAACAUGGCAGUGCAACAAAAGCAAUAAAAUCAGAAAUACAUCAUCAGAAAUGAAUCAAUUAUAAUAUUCCAUUCAGGAUAAACUAAUAUGAACAUACUUUUGCAUAAUACUUUCUAUUUCUUUGGAAAAAUGCUGCUAAAUUUCACACAAUUUACCUUUUAACCUGUUUAAAAGUGUCACAUUCAGUCAGUUGUUGCAGUUUUACAGUUUAGGGCUCUUCAAUUAUUGAAAGAAAAUUGACAGAAAAGAGCAUUUAAGAGUGGAAUAAGAGGUUCACAUCACACUGUAGGAGGAUUCAAGGUGCAAGAGAUGCUUAUAAAAAAAGACUGAAGUUACAUUGUUUUUAGGAAAUAUUCCUGCAGAGAGGUGAAAAGUAGAAGUGAGCAGAAAAACAAGAAAAAUGUGCUUUACCUGCAGAAACCAUGAAUGUAAAAAUCUCAGACUGUCAGUGUCAAAUAGUCCAGGUUAAGAGGCUCCACAAAAGACAACAUUACGAACAUAUUAAACCAGAAGUGCUGAGAAAUAGACUAAAGUAUCUUAUUAAGCAGGUAAAAAUAGCGAAUAUUAGCUUCAGUUUCAAAACGUGUUCAACAGAAAGAGCUGUUAAAUGAAAUUCAACGUUUCUCCCUGAAAAGCAUUACUGCCUCCUGCUCUGACACAUUCAUUUAUACACAGUGCAGCCUUGAGAGUGCACUACACAGCAAUAACCUUGCAUGAGGCUGCCACACUCUCAUUCACGAAGCCCCCCCCUUUUGUACGGGAAGACAGCUCAAGGUUGACUGCCAUUCACUCUUACGGAUUAUGUUGGCUCUCUUUAGGCUCUCAGGCCUCAAGUCUACAAGGUUUUCAAAAGUUAAGACACAUUUUUAAGAGUUUUAUUGUCUUAUUAUCUGUCAGCUCUGAUGUGACGUCGGCGCAAAGAUGACAUGUUUAGUAACAAAUGCGGCUUUAAAGACACAUUAUGGCUUUCUCUUCAAGCCUCUCGGAUCAAUACAGAUGGUAUUAAAUUUCAGAUUUUUCACUCCCGUUUGAUUCAGGAAACGCUCUGAUCUCUCGCUGUUUGUGUUCCUCGCGAGGCGAGGCUUUCACAUUUUAUUUGCUGCGGAGAAAACACUAAUUGCUCUGACACCUGACUCAAUUGUCUCAUUUCAACACGCCCAAAGCGAAAUGUUAAGUGUGUAGUAAAUUGAAAUCUCCUUUUAUAGUGAAAAUUUAACACAAUAAUAAGUGCUGCAAACUUUAAAAAAAAGUGAAUUGAAGCUGCAGUUUAAAUCCCAAAACUACUGCAGGAGAAAGCCAUGUCCUUCCCUUCUUGUUUAUCCCUUGUAAAUUUAAAAGUGAUUUCACACCAGAAUGCCCGGAUUAGUGUUUUUUCCACACAAAUCACGUCACACCCUAAAUUCCCACAUGCGCUCGGAUAUCUCUGAGCACCCACUGCCGGCUCUAAUGGGCCGUGUUUAUGAUCCGAUCCCCAUUAUCAGCCGUGACGUUUAUGUUUCUGUGUCACAGGUGUGGCUGACAGAGUUUCUCCUCGCUGAAAGGUGCUUUCAUCCACUGCACAACAAUCUUCCUGUCACGAGGGCAACAUUACUAUGAAAAUAUCAUACAUCUGAGAGAAAAUGUUUUGCUGUCGUGCUCAAGGUGGCGAAGACAGGUUGUUUUUUGUCACUUUCGCCACUCGAAGGUGUUUGUGAUUCGUUUUUGAAAAGACAAUUUUCUCAGUAAUACAUCAGAAUGGAGCCUGAUCUAUUCUUUUGAAAUAAGCACCCAUUAAGCCUCACUAACAAUCCCAUCGCUUGUUACAUCAGUGAAAAGAAAUUUGUCUCUCAAUUUGACUUUGUCUGCAAAGAUGUGGGUGUUUAAACUUCUUUUUUGAUAUUUCCAAAAAUGCGUCUCUUGUCUUAUUCAAAUAACGCAGGCACCAAAGAAAACGAGAACACAAGAACUUGUCACAGUGACAAAGUAAAUGAAAAGAAGCAAGAAUUCACAGUAUGUGCUGAUACACAACAUUCAAGGACAACUGCGGAUAAGUUAGAAGACCUAAUAGAAAGCCAUGGAGUACGGCUGCUGUAAAUGUGUUUGAUAAGAGAAUAAAAAUUAUUGAUCGUAUCAAAUAGCCUGUAGAUGCUUUUGUUUAGUGGUUUUGAAUGUUCCUAUUAUCACGGAUCAAAACACGUCAGUAUCACAGAGCCCAUUAAACAAAGGCUUCAUUUUCUUAUGUUGGUAAAUUUGAGAUUCGUGAAGAGAAGAUGAUCAAAUGUAAGUGUCGUAAAGUUGUUUUAGAGUCCUGCUGAUGGCUUGAACGACUUCUAUGUUGACACCAAAACUGUUGUGUUUUCAAAGUGUCAGGCAUUCAACACUCAGAAGAAAAACAAAUUGAAGUUUAUUAGUUUCACUUCAUCCAUUCAGGUUAUCUCUAAGGAAUCAAUACACAAGCACAGGCGCACUAAUUAAAACAACCAUGCCCAUUAUCAGAAAUUUAAGCUGGUAGAAGUUUAAAGCCCCUCAGGGCAAACAUUAAACCUGCACCAUCAUUUUUCAUGGUCUCAUUAGAAGUGAAAAGUCAAAGCGGCGGUCUUUAGUGGCCAAUCAGGAGAGAGUUACCAAAGGUCUCUGCGGCUGCCCUCAGCUUUACAAAGACUUUCAGCACCCUUGAAAAAGCUGGUUUGAUGAACACGGCCCCAAACUUUCCCUUUUUGACCUUCACGGCAUCAUCUCAGCUUAAAGGGCUCCAAAAAACCUCCCAUAAGUCCAGCUGAAGAGAACAGUAUGAAAUCUAUCAUAUGAAAAUAAUGCUGCUAAUGUAAAUCACCCGAAGACUGUAUACUAACUUGGUUCUGCUCUCCUUCAUUAUACGAAUUUGAAGCCAAAUUGCUCUUGUUAUUUCCGGGAUUUUCUCCAUUCCCUGGUACCGUCACUUGCGCUGUAGAGUUGCACGCGUUCGGCGGGAGGGUUGCAGAGAGUCGCUGUGAUGACGCUCGGCUCAACCAGUGUAUCCCCCUGGUGAGCUACACAAUCCUCUUACGGCUAUAUCAAGUGUCAAUCAUAGAAAACAUGAACCCCUUAAUAACUAAAAUGGAGCUGCACAGAAAAAAGAGGACUUGAGCAAAAAACAGUCUUACAGUAACUACAUGUUAACAUCAUAUCUGUGUAAUAAAUUUUGAAAGUUUGUCCGGGAUUUAUGACCUAUACUGCAGCCCGUUACCAGAGGGUGCUGUUCUCGCGGUGGUUUCACUCAGCAAGGAGGCAGAUGGCGUCCAUUCUAUAUACAGUCGAUGAAAUCACCUAAAAUGAUAGUUUUGACAUGAAAAAAUCCCACUUGAUGAAUUUAGAUAGACAUCCUUACGAAAUUCAUAUUCUGCCAGAGUUUUUAAGUCAAAGACAAAUUAUUUAAGUCCUUAUAACAAUGUAAGAGUUAUUUGGGGCGAGGUCGUGGUCCUGUCCUGCGAUUGUGUACUUUUGUUUGAAACCUAAUCUGAACCCCCUGAUGGUAGUUUUUCUCUCAUUUUGGCUUUAUGGUAAAAUUCGGCCUGUUUGGUCUUAUCACAGGUUUCACAUAUGCAAAUCAUGUUGUAGAUAACUACUGUCUAGAAUGGAGCCGUGAAUUUAGAAAUUGUCUUGAAGUCUGUGACUCUGCAAGAUUCCCAGAGAGUCAUGGCUCUGUUGGUGGCAUAACAUUUUUUUGUCACAGUGACCAGAAAUCCUUUUUUUUAACAUGAUGAACCGUACAGAAAUAUCAUUCCUAUAACGUAAAGUCAGAGAUUUGGAUCUGAAUCCCAAUCGGGUUGAGAUAUUUUACGUUAUUGUUGUUUAUUUUUAGCUUUUAAGGAAACAAACCUUAUUCCAGUGCAAACAUUCGACUGCAGAAGUAAUCUUGAAAGAGGUCAGCUCUCUCCCUGUAUUUGUUUUUGUGGGUAAAAUCCUGUUACAGUGUUGAUGUAAGAGUUCAGGGUUCAGUGUGAUGUAACUGUAUUACAUGAGAUGGGAUUUUAAACUGAAAGGGCAUGCUUUAAAAACACGGUUCACAAAUAGGACACCACUGAGCCACAGUCAAAUGAUGUGGUGUGAAUAAAUGUUAAAAUCAACCAAGUAGUUUGACUGGAAAUGAGAAUUUAAAUGAGUUGAAAUAGAGAGUAUAACAGCUCUUCCAUAUUCUGCAUUUUAUUAAUAUGUGUUACAGUAUUUGGCACAACAGCACUUCAUCUCGUGUGAUACGGUUUGCACGCACUCCUCACUGAUAUGAUAGAAAAUAUUCGAAAGGAAAUUACAUUUAAAACCUGGAAGGAUGAGUUUGCGGGACCAGCAUGAAAUAAUUCACACUCGUUCUUUUGUAAACAAAGCACAUGUUUUCACUGCGACUCACUGGAGGUGCCGUGCCACAUUGUAAUGGCCUCGAUUAGUAUUCAUCCACAUCCUGCAUUAGUGUGUUGAGCUGUCCUGCUUUGUGACCUCGGGGUGUUAGCUGAGAGCGCUCAGAUCGCACUUUAGAUGUUUACUUCAGGUUUACGCCGCGAUGUGCAACUCCUGGCUCCACCCUGAAAUCAGUUCAGGAAAAGACAAAUCUGCUUACAGCUGGAAAGGGAGGGCUUAUCCUCAUGCAUGUAGAUUUAAGAGCAAUGCCACAGCAGCGACAACAUUUGUGUCAUUGGGUUGCUCCUGAAUGCUCGACCCCAGUGAUAAUGGAGGAUUUUCAUACCGUGUAGAUUAUGUGCUGAAAAUAAUGCCUCAGACAGAGCAAAACAAUAAUCAGUGGCACACUGACCAUUUCAUUUUAGAGCGAGGGGGAGACCAUCUGUUUCCUAAGAACCAAACUAAAAGCGCUGGCAUUUUGAAUUAUUCAUUUUUCCAACUGUAACACACUGUUAGAGACAUUUGGUCUUGCUCUAAAAGCUUACCUAUGACGUGAAGCAGUGCGCCUUCCCCCACAGUCAAGGGGAGAUAGUAAUGGAUCCCUGGAGAGAAAAAUAUGAGAGUUAUCUGUAUCCUCACUCGUUCUCCCCACCCGGGUCUUUCUCCCCUUGAACGUAUACUGUGGGUCUGUCUGUCUUAUUCACCGCUUCCCACCAACUAUCAUCUCUACCUCUGCGGCAAUCCUGAUUGACACAGAGAUUGGCCAUUACCAUAUCACAUGGGUGAAUGCAUCCUCUGUUCAGGUGGUCCUCUGUGAAAAGACGCGGUAUAGCUCAACGAAAGGGUAUCGGGUUUAGUGAUCUGAAAGGCGCAGGUUGUUACAAGAAAAUGCCUUACCCUAAAUUCAGAGUCAACCUUCAAAGAGAGAAGAUUUGCUGCUUGGCUUCACACAUCUACCUGAUACACAAGCAACAUUUCUAGAAGAAGGUAUUCUUGCCUUUCAAAUGGCACCACUGCCUGUCACAAAGAGAUUAUAUGUUUUCAUGAGUGGCAGGGGGUCCAGAUGAAGAGGUAACAUCUGUCCCCGUCUUUGCUCCACAGGGUCCCGGGCUCGGUUUGAAGACAGCGCACCUCGGAUUGUGGAAGACCCGUCCGAUUUGAUCGUCUCCAAGGGGGAGCCUGCUACCCUCAACUGCAAGGCGGAGGGCCGGCCCCCUCCUAGUAUAGAGUGGUACAAGGAUGGAGAGCGGGUGGAGACGGAUAAAGAUGACCCGCGUUCUCAUCGCAUGCUCCUGCCCAGCGGCUCCCUCUUUUUCCUUCGCAUCGUACACGGACGACGGAGCAAACCGGACGAGGGGGUCUACACCUGUGUGGCCCGCAACUACCUCGGAGAGGCCAUUAGUCGUAAUGCCUCACUCGACGUCGCCAGUAAGGCCAUAUUUUCAUUCAUAAUUGUUCUUUAAGUGUGUGCUCCUGCAACCGUUCUGCACUAUGUGUAAGUUCAGUGUGUGCGUGCACAGCAUGCAAAACCUCCACAGUCCCGUCCCAGAUCUAUUUGGAACCGUCUGGCUGUUUUGUGGAGCUCCACCGGAGGUUUGGCUGAGCUUAAAAAUGACAAUAUGAAACAACCAGAUUGUAGGAGGCCGCAUCUAAACACAGGGUGGUGUGAAGAGAGAUAAAUGCAGUUCGGAGUGAAAGCCUGUGGACUUGUUCCUUUUUCAGGCUUCUAUGACAGUCAUGUCUUUUUGUCUUUGGCCAUUUGUUUAUUUAUUCCAGGAAUUAAAUUCAAGAAUAAAAGAGGAGGAUGUUCCCUGUGGAUCUGAAAGCGAAGCCAAUAUGGAAGUGCUUUUAAACCUGCAGUCUUUCUGAAGCCCAGCUGGGGGCCACCCCGUAGAUAGUUCUGAAGUUUGAGUAACUGACCCUUCUUCUCUCUGGAUUUUUGUCCCCCUCCAAUUAUUUUGUGUCUCAAACAAAAGUUGUGAUUGUACCCUAUAUAGCAGUCUCAUUAUUUCCUGCAGUGCAUUGUGGACAGUAACGCACAACCAGUGGCCACUAUCUAAGCAAUAUCCCACAGAUACAGAGAGGCUUUUGUGUCACUUUAAAAUGUUUUAUGAAGGGUUCAGACUUUUCUCUGGUUUAGUUUAUGUUUUUCCUCAUAAUGAUAUCAGAUAGGAGAGCAUAAUCUGUAGGUACAAGACUAAUGAAUAAGUAAUGAUUGAGUUAAAGCUCCAUUAGGUGAUUAAACUGGACUGCUGUCCCAGUUUACAAGCACCGGGUAAGAAACAUGUCUGCCUCUGCUACAGUGGGGCGGCUUCAUGCUAUUGGGUCAUGUCCUGGUUGACUCAUUAUCUAUUAAACACGUUAGCAAGAGGCUGAGUGGAGAUACGUCGGACGAUGAAAACACUUCCUUUCUGCAGGUGUAUGUGGUCGCUUGUUAUCUUUGAAUUCAUGCGACUAAUAAUUAUAAAUAUUUUUUGAUAUUUUAGUAUCAAAAAUGUUUUUUUCAUCCUCACUAUUGAGCUCAUUUUAAAGUCCGCUACAGAGAGUUCACUGUGUAAGGAGUAAGAAGAAGGGAAGGAGUUUGUGGUUUUGGACUCAGCUCAAAACAAAAGUGGGUGGCAUCGCAGGAGAAAUCAAUUUCCUCUUUCUAUUAUCACAUUAUUGUACUGUCUUCUUAUGUUUUACUUCAGAUUACACUUGACAGAUCUGUCCAAUACCUCCUCCCAAGUUAAAGAUUUGGGCAUCAAUGAAUCUCAGCGUCAUUUUAACAAAAGUUCUUAUUUCAGUAUCCCUGCUUCAUCAUAAAUCACACUUGUUAAAUCUAGAUUUACAUGAGAUUGGUUGUAAACGCUGAGUUUGUUAGCUUGAUGCUCCAAAUGAAGAUAAAGCUUUCAAUACCAGCGUGAAGGUUUAGAAGGAGCUUUUUGAAAGCAUCAAUUCUGCCAAGAUCAACGUCAAACGGUAAAUGCUGGCAAGCCUCCUACAGCUUUCAAAACACUUCAGUUUAACCGGCAAAACAUUCCCUCAAACACUUGUCUUUGUGUCAGAGAUGAUCAGUAAUGCUAUGCGGCUCAUUACAGCAGCCCCAGGAGAUUUCAAGGGGACUAUUUUCUGUGUUUACUUUCGGUCAAUCUCAAUGACAAGUGUUUGAAAUCAUUUCUGUUACACUGAAGUGUUUUGGAAAGCUGUUGAAUUCUUCUACUUCUUGGACCGAGUCUGAGUUUUUUUUAAUCGAUUGACGGAUUUGGCACACCAAUGAUAUCAUAAUAAAUCGACAAAUAAGGAGGACAAUAACCAGAUUCGUAAAUAUGACUUACUGUAUAUCUUUCCUGACUUCACAUACACAUAUGUAUGCUGUUGUUAAAAGCUGCGACCAUCUUUUGAAUGCAAGCUCCAAGAAAUUGUUAUUUUUCCCACAGUUAGUCAGAAAAAGAAGAUAAAAACUGUGCAAACUCCAAGAGUGUAAAGCCUUGAAGCCCUCAAGUUGUCUUUCUUUCACAGUCCCCAAAGAUUUGUACUCAUUUGUUGCUGAGCAACUUAAUAAGCCAAAACUGCUCAUUCAUUCUGAGAUGAUCCCACUGUCUGAUUAUAAAUUAUUCUUAGGAAAAUCACUUAUUUUAGCUUGAUCGUUAGUGAAAGAAGACGGCAACAAAAUAGCCGUCGUAGCUCACCUUGAGCUGUCAGUUUUCUCAGCUUGUUCAGGAAGGGCUCGUUCAUUCCUCUGUAUUUUAGGUGGGUUUUGACAACACAUUUAAGUGCUUUAGACUGCGCUCCCAGUCCUCACAUCAUUUAUUUUUUAACAAAGUUUUGGGGUAGACAUUCGUAGACAUCAAUCUAGGGACCUACCAGCUCCCAACCAAUGAGGGCCUAGCCUAAAAGAGUGAUGGCCAAAUUUGAGACUUUUCAGUGUGAUCCUGUACAUUUUUUAUUGUCUAACUAACACAGCCUUUUUGUAUGUUUGCAACUGAACAACAAGGAUAGUGUUGUUGGUUACUAUUCUUGCAAUGAUGUUGAGAAACGAAAUCCUCUUUCAUGGUGCAAAAGUUUUCUUUUCCCCGUGUACAACCAGUGUCUGUUGAGAUGCAAGCGAACAUUACACUUUGUUUCCACUUGUACAGUAUAUCCACAGAGGUAAAUCAAGCAGAUAUCACUGCUGCAAGAAUCUCUAUGAUAUCUGAUGUUCCUGCGAAAUUUCACACAUCUGUCAUAUUUUGGUCCAAAAUCGACCUUGAGUACGACCUUCAAAACACUGAACUCUAAUGUGUAUUUUUUUCAGACACACUGAUAGUUUUUUUGCUGAGCUCCCAUCAUUGAAGGGAAGUAGAAAAAGUCUCUUUUGCUGCUUGUGAAGGCCAUUUCCUUCAUUUCGGGUGCCUUUAUGUUGAUUUUCGAGUGAGUUUGUGUGUUGAAACAGAUUAGUUUGAACUCGUCACCAAUCUGAGUAGUCUCAUUCUGCUACAAUAUAGUUAAAUAGUACAAAUGUUUUAAUUAUCUUUAAUAAAUUCACGAGUUAUUUGACAAAAUUUGCAUCUUCUCAGAGCUACAAGUAGAUUCACUGGCUUUUAUCCAUAACAGGUUACACUUCCAUAGUUUCUCUCAAAGUGAUGUUCUUUCUAUGACUGUAUAAAACUUAAGUUCCCUAUUGGUUACUGUCAUCAUAUUGUUUUUUUUUUACUACUUUAUUGCAAGGCUUCUUUCUUUCACAAACAUAGUCAGGCUUUCAUUUUACAAUAUUAUACCUUACAUUUUUUUUCUCUUCCUUCCCUUUUUUUUUUUUUUUUUUUUUAACAUACAGAAAGUAAAUAACAACCAAAAAGUAACCAAAUCGACAUAUCUCCAAAAAUAAGGCAAAACAUACAAGCAAACAAAAUACAGAAAAUAAAUGCAUAAAUAAAUAAUAAAGUGAACUAAAUAUAAUUAAAUAAACUAAAGAAAACUGGUAGGGGUAGGGGUUGGUGCAUGUAUGUGUGUUCGUGUAUCUGUGUGUGUAUGUACAUGGAUGUUAGAGUUGGGGUGGGGACCUUUUAAUCCAUCUCCUUAAUUUGAUUAAAUAUUGACUCAUAUUGUUAAUGCUAACUCAAAAUGACAACUCGUUUAGCUAGAGACUGACAAAAAUUGAGUCUAUUUGUUAGUAAUAAAGAGGUAAAGAGGCAUAAACAUUGUUUUUGUACUGGGCAGUAAACAAUUCUUAUUCUGUUUUAUUAAUGGGCUUUCUCUAGUUACUUAAAUCAUCCUCAAGUGGACAUAUGAGGUAUUGCAAUUGUGUCCAUUGGCCUUAUUUUAAAUUUUACCAAGGUUUUCCAUCUGUAUUUACUCCAAAUCCUUAAUUCUGCUCUUAUAAAAUAAUAACAGCAGCCAACUGUAACAUUUAAAAAACUGGAACUUGUGGGUUUUGUUCAUUUUUGCUUUGUCAGGUCUACAGAAAAGGACUCCGAAUGAAAAAUGUAAUACCCAGCAGCUGUUGCUGACCUGUGGAGCAUAUCUUGUUAUUAUCCUUUCUCCUGAAUAUCCUCUCUAUGUGAGCCAACAUGAUCACAUUAGCCAACAGUACACUUAUAGCCGUUCGCUUCCUUUGAGUCGUCGUGGAGUCUGCUGCCGCUGCUGAAAAGUGUGAGCUUUCUCCUAUAUCUUUGUGAAAGUGCAGUGAAGUAAAAAGCUCCCAGUAGGAGCCGUGUCUAUUAUUUCCCCUCCUUGGUUCAGGACACGUGCCAUUGUCUCCCCCCCUCCUUCCUAAUUGUGCCAGCGUGGCUCGGCCCUGGGCUGAACUGCAGCUCUGUUUGGCGUGGGGAAAUGGAUUAGUCUGUGGGUUGAUUAGCGGAGGGAGCAUAACAAAUCAUCAAGGUUGAACUGUCCUCGUUUAAACACCAAGAAAUGUCAAUUUGGGUACAGUCUUAUCUCCUAGUAUAUUGAAGCUUCUUUACUGGCUGUGUAAGAACAUCUCAUGGCUGAAUGAACCCAUCUCCAGCUUGUGUCCAAAUAUAGGAACAGCCUCGUCAGAUAUAAUGUAUACUUGGACUAAUAGGCAGCUAACUAAUGCAUAUAAGGGGAGAUAUGAAGCAUGCUUUAUCAUACAGCCCUUCUUUAACAGCUGAUAAUGGUAUUUGGAGACGUGCAUCUGGAAAUGAUAGUACACUCAGAUCAGUAAAAGGAUGAGUCACCUACAGGCACUGAGUGAGUAACAUUAUUAAUAAAUGUCUGUUUUUGGUCCGGAUCUCGCUGCCUCUGGCCAACAAGGGCAUAUGCUAAGACAGCAUGGUGGUGGUCUUAGCCUCUUCCCCACCCCUCUGCGUGAGGUUGUGCUGACUGUGGGGUAAGUAGUGACCCAAUUAGCUCUGGCAGGGAGGGGGGAGAGGGAGAAGAGCAUACAGUGUUAAUGAGCGGACAGUUUUAAGCUGGUGGUCUCGCAAAAAAAAUGUGCGAGUGUGUCAGCGGCGGUCUGAGGGACAACAGGUGGGAGGAGGAAGAGCUUAAAACUCCCACUGAGCCGUAAUUAAUAGUAAUGCAUCUGUUCAGCUGUUUGUGUGGCUGAGAGUGAGGAGUAGGAGUGCUGACUGAAACCCGGCACUAAACCAUCAAUCAGGCCUUAACUGACAGUGAAUUAUGCAUUGUGUAUUGCGCCCCUCGCUUCCGUCAUGUGUUCUUCAGCUGCAGGAUACUUCUCCGCCUGAAUUAUUGAUGUAGCUUUAGUUUUAAAACUUGAGCUGCUCCUGAUGUAAAUCAAACAGCCAUAAAGGAGACUGCAAAUCACACAGAAGAAGAAGUUAGUUUUGUAUGAUUGUUCGGGGUUACUUUUUUUUAUUAUGCAACUGCUGUAAAAAGCAGAGGUAUGACUUUAUGAGCCCACUUGAAUCCAUUAAGAGACUUGGUUCCUACCUGUAGCAUGUCUGAGUGGUAUAUGCUAAAAGGAAUAACUUAUAUACUUAUAGAGGGUUGGCAUGGAGAUGCAUUUCUGUGCCAUUAGAUAGAAAACAGCAUUGCACAGAUUUGUCCUUACUGAGUCACAGAUGUCCGUGUCAACACAUAAAAAGGGUUUCAAGGACAUGUUUCUUUGUCCUGCACACUCGCUCUCUAUUAGCCGCACAGUUGCAGUCGAGGUGUUGUUUUUGAGCCCAGAUGCAUUUUGUGCACCCCGAGGUCCACAAGCGAUGUUCUGUGAAUAGCCAGUGCUGCUCUCUUGUAGUGCACCUCAUGGUGGGGAGCAGGCUUGCUUGAAAAUGCCAGCAGCAGCCAUUAUUCAGGUUUUUUUCCCCUUUACAGUAAGCUGCCAGUGACCGACUGUGUUGCCUAGCUAUUAAAAAACAGAAUAAUGAGACAGUGGGAGUGGACAAAAUCCCCAAAAUGGUUUUUGGCUUUAAAAAAAAGCAAAAAGGAGUGUGAAAAAGUCAUUACUUAACACUGUUUACCAACUGUAAAUAGUGUUUUUUCAACAUGAUGGAUGUUAAUGAGUGCCAGCCUCAUUGAGAAGAUGGUCACAUGAUGAUCGCUCAGGAUUAGAAUAAAGUAGGACAAAUAAAAAAUACAACUUGUAUAAAAGGCUUUAGAGCCAGAUGUUCCUCUUACUCCUGAUGAGGGAUUAUGAAGGAAUCAAACUUCUGGGCACAGCUUGGUUCUAGUGUCCAUCGCUCUGUGCUCUUAUGUCUGUAUAGAUAUAAAUCGCCCCAGAUGAAUAUGAUUUCAUGAGAAGUUUAAAAAUCAGUCUGUCGAGGAUUUUGUGGCUUUUGGGGAAAUAUGGAUUUGACCUAGAAUAACUAAAUUUGUGGCAUUGUUGGAAAAGAAUCGUUGUAACCUCAAGUGGUUUGAUGAGUUUUUUUUUAACCCCAGCAAAAAAGGCUUUGGGUCACAGAAAAUGCUGUUAUUUGGAGAUGAAAAAGUGAACCAAGAAGGUUUUUGUAAAGCCCUAAAAUCUUAGUAAAAACCCCUUUUUCAUUGUACAUACUGGUAACUUCACAUUGCAAACUCAAGAGUCCUCACAAAAUGAACAGUGACUGGAGUUUUGCCAUCCCUUGGCCUACGUAACUUACACAUGGAACCCUGCAACAGUGUAAUAUUGAUGUCCCAGAGUAAUCACACAGUGUGUUGAGACAUCGCAGAAGUGUGAGAGGCACAGCUUGUAAACACUGCAGGAGGGCCACUUGCAAACAUACUCAGACAAACAAAGAGUGUAGUUCUGUCCUGCUGGGCGUCCAACGUUACGUAUUGCCAUUUAGAGUUUUUACAUGCAUAGUAAAGUUGAACUAUGGUCAUAGCUCGAUUAACUGGACUAGUGUUCUUGUCCCUGUUUACGAAUAAAAAUUUAAUCAUGAACAGAAACAUGUUUGCCUCCACUGCAGUAGGUGGCGAUAUACCUCCUUUUAGCUCGUUACCACUGCGUGGGCAGACCUAUAUGACCUUUUGAGUCAGGCACCAAAACAAUCAACAAACACAUUACGAAGAGGAAAUUGAUCCAUGACUGCAUUAUCUCAAACCGACCAUGAGAGGGUGAACAAACUUUGAUUACUGAAAACAAGAACACUCGUCCCAGCAACGAGAUACCGAAUGAUACGCUAAGUUUACUUAAAGAUGCCUUAUAAUUUCAAUUCAUUUAAAGUAUACCUCCUCUGUAUGGAUAGAAAACUGUUAUACUACCAAAGACACAAAUUCAGAUCAGCUUCUCAGAGGUUACUCAUUAUGUUUUACUAUAUCAAGUUUCAAAAAUAACGAUUGAAAUAAUGAUGGAAAUAAUAUCUCCUCUGUAUUAGAAAAAUAAAUAAGUACAAAAUAACAAAACAAAAAUACCACUGCUCGAUUACUUGAACAAAAAAUAUCUCUAACAAACUUAUAAAAACUAACUGGCCCAAUGAAAACCAGGACAUUUUCAUCAAUAUAUAAAAAACAACCAGGAUGACCAGGACAGGGUGUAAAAACAGGAUGUUUGGUCACCCUAAAAACUAUAAGAAAUCCAAUUUGGUGCAACUUUAGCCAGAUGGACAUGUUGAUAUGUAUUUUUAAAAGUCCAGAUUUGGUCAAACAAACUCAAUAAAUCAAUGUUUUGGACUACAUGUAGAUAUGCUGACUGUCCUCAGCUCUUACAGGGGAGGAUUAGAGGUGGAACAGCUUUACCCCACCUUUACACCUUGGUGUGUUACACAUUGUAGAUAAAGUGUAACACUAGAUAUAGUAGAUUUCCUGUUCUGAUUUGACUGUAGUGACAGCUACUCAUAAAUUUCUGGAAGGACUGAGUUGAUCUGAACUGCUGCUUUGCUUUACAUGAUAACUGUCAAACCUCAGCUAAAUGUAUUAUUCUGUCUGUAUGUAUGCUGUGUAAGUGAAAUAUCAACACAUUUUUUUUAAAGCAGGAGAAUUUCUAUCCAUGGGCCUCUCAUGAAGGCUAUUUGCCCUGGAGUCUCUCCUCAUCCUCCAUCAACAAAAUCAGACAAUGGGUGGAUUAAAGCAAUCUCUCUUCUCUGUAGGCAAAGCCUCCAUUAGCUGUGACAGGGCAGUAUCAUGGCAAUGGGAUUAGACCUCCUCCCUAACGGGUUUACUGCUCUUUGAAAUAAAAGAACAAUAGGAGCGGGGCGGCAGGUCAUCUCAGGCUUUCCAAAAGUGUACACCUCUGCUGCCCUGUAACCUCGCUCCCCCUUUUUUCCAGCCUACUGCAUCUAAAAACACACAGCCUGGUAGCCAUUCACACAUCUGUCCAGCCCACGCUGUCUGCUCUGUCUGCUUCCUACACUCACUGUCACCUUGUGUUUAAUACAAAAGCUUUUUUUUUUUCUCUCUCUCUCUCGCUGUCCUGCCUGUCAAACUCACCCAUCAUGUUUCUUUCAACCUGCUGGGUAUGCAAAUGGUCUGUGAACUGUUCAGUAAUUUGCCCCGUGGCUGCUUUAUUUCAGACAAAGUCACAAUCAAUUAACGCUUAAAAGGACUCAACAAACACUGCUCGUGCAACACAAAGAGCCAAUGCUUUACAUUUCAAUUUUCUUGUGAUUAAUCCUUCGUUCACCCUCUGUUCAUUUUUCAAACAACACUAACAGAUGGCCUCUCUGCAGUCCGAGAGCUUCUCUGCUCGACACUCAGCCAUAAUGGGGAGAUAAAUGUCACUUAAAAACGGAGUGAUGAAUAUAUUCUCGAGGGAGAUUAAACUUCUAAUCUGUAUAUCCCUGAAAUAUUAAAGUUAUGAAAAUGAAUGGGUGUUUGCAGGGAUACUGCCCACAGAUAUAAUGAGGAAACUGCUUUUCCAUUAUUUAAGCUCACAGGAAGUGCCUUGGGGGAAUAUUCAGAUUUGUCUCCACACUAGCGGGGUCAAAGCCUCGCAGUCACCAGGCCCAGUGUGGACGGACUGAAGCGAGAGUGCCGAGCUGGUUUAGGAGAUUAUUUGGCUGACAAAGUCGUAUUAUGUCUGAGAAGUUAAGUUAGAGACAGUAGCCCCCUCGGGGGGUGUGGGGAAGAGGGGAGGGUUCUCAGUCUGAGUUUUCCAGGAGGUUGGUCGAUUCUGUGGUUGGAUCAUCAUCAUCAUCAUCGCCUACAAACAUUCGUGGGAAACUGUUUAGUGUGGCGGUGCUUUAAAGUCAGAGCAAGGAAGGAUCACAUUAACUUGAGCGCAGCUUCAAAGAGAAAUUUCGAGCUCGUGUUGCGCAGUGUUUUGGGGGCUGUAAUGUCAGGGAUAUAUUCAGCUCUCUGGCGUGUGUUUCAACACGCAAUUGUCCCACUUUCUUCCUGUCUGUGCCCGGAGAACUCUGGUUUUUAAAUGCAGAAGGUUUUUGCAUGCCUGUGUGUCUGUGUGCAUAUGUAUGCGUGCGUAUGCGUGUGUGUGUGUGUGUGUGUAGUUCAGGGAUAAGCUCUUUGCCCAUAACUUUUUCACUUCAGUCACCAUGCCAGUGUAACAAAGGUCUCUGUGCAGCCAUCUAACCAGGCCUUACAGACGGAGGUCUAAAAAUAAUGCAGUGCUUUCAAUUAGCCCUUCAGCUCUGCAAAGCAUUGGAACAGGCAGUCAAGUGAACAGGGUCGGGGUAUUCGGUGAACAGACCUUUGGGAGGAGUCUGAGUGGUUAUAGCCCACACUUGACUUUUGUCGGCUCCAUAAUUGUGCAGUUUUGUGUGGAUAUGAACAUUCAAUACCUGACUGUGGCAGAUGUCUGUGAUAUAAUAGCCUGCAUGCUUUACCCAAACCUCGAUUAGAGGAAGUUUAUGCACCAUUAUCUCUUCAUCAACAGCCCUGAGCUGUAUGACAGAGUUAGUCUUUGAAAAAUUAGAAGAUCUCUAGUGUGUAAUGAGAACUUAAAUGAUGUCAAUGAGGUUAGAAAUACUGAUUGAGUCUUCGUUUCAAAGAUUUUUCACGUUCCUUCGUCUAAAUGUCAGGGUGUUGGAGUAAAAAGAGAAAGACGAGUGAAGUAAAGCUGAAGUAAAGGGAGAGUAAACAUCCGUCUUCUUUGAACACAGCAGGUUUGUGCAACUGAUCCAGACCCAGACCCAAGGGGAAACAGUCUCCUGGAAUAUCUAAAACAAUUACCGUAUUUUCUGGACUAUAAGUCGCUCCGGAGUAUCAGCAAAAAAACUGCAUAAUGAAGAAGAAAAAACAUAUAACGGUGUAAGUUGCAUUUUUUGGGGGGAAAUUUGUUUUAUAAAUCCAAGACCAAGAACAGACAUUUCAUCUAGAAAGGCAAGUUAUAACAAUAAAAUCGAGAACAACAGACUGAAUAGGUGUACGGUGAAUAUGCUAACAUAACACGUUGAUGGUUAUUCAGCUACAUGAAGCAUAAGCAAUGAUCUCAAUAGGUGUCUGGUAUGUUAACAAAACGUAUUAACAGUUAUUCAGAUAAUUGUAGUAUAAAAAGCAUAACAAAACAAGUUUACCAAACUCUCGAUCUCUCUCCAAAUCACUAAAUCCAUCGAAUUCUUCAUUCUCGGUGUCACUUCUGAAUAACUCCGCCAACUCUGGAGGUGGACGAAGUGCCGCCUUAUACUCAGAUGUGACUUAUAUAUAUGAACAUAUACUCAUACAUAUAGAGGAUAAGUCGCAAACUCAGCCAAACUAUGAAAAAAGUGCAACUUAUAGUCCAGAAAAUACGGUACAUCCUUCAAACUAAACCAGUUUUUGUCUUUUUAGCAGCUGACAUGAGAUAAUUUGAGAUUUUAUUCCAGCUCAGAGGGUUUAAAUAUUGAUGCUGAAUGAAAGGCCAGAGCAACCACGGAGACACAGACCUGACAGACGUACUAGUGGAUAAUUAAUGUGGCAUAGAUAUAGUAAUUGGCUUAGAGCAAACUGGGGCUUAGAUAGAUUGAUUAAAGGUGGAUUACACUGACUCUAAAUCCUAAUGAGUGAAGACUAACUGAGAUUAUGCUCGUGGAUUGUAUAUUCUCUUGCUAUGCCUGAUGAGCUCUCUGUUAUAGCAUGACACAUAAGCCGUUUUAAAUGAUUAGGAAAACCAGCAGAUUAACACCUCUAUCUUAAAUGAUUGGUCCUCUGUUUCAUGAGCAUCUCACACAAAUAAACAAAUGCAUGAAGGUUUUUAACGGCUGGAGAUUUUAUGACUUUACUUCUUGUAAAUUGAGGUCGGACCCUUACAGCUGCUGUGCUGAAAGGUACCCAGCUGUGAUUUCAAUGAUGGGAUUUUGAUUAAAACUGGUUCUGCUGGUAUUGGUUAUAACUAGUUUUUAAAAAAGAUGAGAUAUUGAUAAUAUUGUGAGUUUAAAGUAGUGGUCUUUGACGCUGGUUGUGUGGUCCUAAAGUGGAGGACAGAUGAGGAAGAAGAAGCAGCAGCUGCUAGUGAGCUAACUAUAGGAGCUCUAUGAGUGAUGAUUCUGCACUUUUAAAACUGAUGUUUUGUUGCGUUUAAAGGGGGUGGUGAUGCACUUUUAUGCACUUGCGGCCUCGGCUAGAUGUUUCGGAUUGCUCAUUGAUUGUCCAUUUAAUGGUUUUGUUAAGUUUAAAAUAAUAAAACUUCAGUAUGCAAAAAAACUUCAUUUCGAUAUACCAAUCCGUUUAUUCUUUUGCGAAACAAACCAAAUGUCAAAAUCAUAACCAGCUGCCAGCCUGCGGUCAAAAAACAAAAGCUUCUUGUGCGCCACCUGAAGCAAUUAGUGGGCACCUUAAAUGUCCUUUGGCGCCUCCACAGCGCCACACAGGCGAAUUAAAGAAUGGCUCCACCCAGGGGCGGACUGGGACCAUAAUUCAGGCCAGGCCAAUACACAUUGACACGGAAAUGCCAGCACCGAAGAAACGUUUUGGACAUUUGAAGCCAGAUUUAGUGAGUAUAAUGCUAAUGUGAAGAAUUCAACAUUGGCUACAUAACUGCAAAUUUAAUAUGAAGUAAUUUUAACAGGUGCUUUAUGGCCUACUGAGCUAGAUUUUACAGAAGGAUAUUCGUCACGUUUAUAAAAACUCCUUAUUAGUCAUGCCUUUAACUAUUUGUUUACUCAUUUAAACUAAGAAUGCAGCCUACCACAUUGCUGUUAUAUUAUAAUAAAAUGUUAAAGGCCUGUCAGAAAAAGUCAAAGUUCUCGAGAACUUGGAUUAGCACGCACCACUAGCAUUGUAGCCGUCUCAGUGUUUGUCGGCGACCUUAUUAAACGGCCAGGCCACCGGGAAUCAGCCCAGUGUUCCCGAUGGUCCAGUCCAUCAGUGGCUCCACCAGGGUAUUGUGCAUUUCGACAUUUACAACGAAAAAUGCAAAGUUACAGAGUUUGGUGUCCAUCCUAGAUGUAUUGCAAAGUUUCAAGUCACAACGUAAUUGUAUGUAGUCUUAGUCUUAGAGAAUAGAUGUAAACUGCUCAAAUCUCAGACAAACGCAAGAAAAUAAAAUCCGAGGCUUUUCUGAGAAAGGAAGUAUAGAGUCUGAAAGAAUGCACAGUACCCCCCUUCUGUGUGUUGAUUUAUUUUCAUGUUGUCAUAAAUACAGUGAAAAUGUCAUCAUCGUGAUAUUUUAUGUCUGUGAUAAUGUUGAGGUAAAAACCUGAUAUGUUGUGACAGCCUUGAUUUAGUAAGAUCUGAUUUUAAUCAUUUUCCACAUAUAAGACGUUUAAAAUGCCAACACCAAUCAUCAUAAUUGGAUGAUUUAAAAAGCGGAGGAUCAUUCUUUGUAUGCGUGAGAAGAUGGAUUAAUAUUCAUGAGAGAGUAAAAAGAGAUUGUAUUGAUUGAUCAUGCUGUAGUAACACACUGGCAGAGAGAAAAAAAAAAGACCUUAAGGCUGAAUCUACAGGAUGUGGUCCAACAUGAGUGAAUCCAUGUGUGUGUGUAUGUGUGUUUGCAAAUGUGAGCCUGUCAGCAAUGCAAUAGGAGUUUCCAUCGUACAGAAGGUCUCAUGAGAAGGCUUCAGUUCACAGUUCACGCUGUGGCUUUCAUCUGUCAAUCACAGCAGAAGAUGAGAAGAUAACAGAGGUGGCCGUGUCAAAGACUCCUCAUCCUGCCGUCAUCCACAGGAUGGAGGCUGUGCAGACUUCAGGGGUGACAUGAGGAGAAGCUUUUCUGGUUAGGAGCCGAUAUCAUCGGAGUCGGUGUGAAGCCGAGUUGUCAAAAUUGUUUUCUGACACAAUCCUUUCAUUAAUGCGGAGGCCGUUUUUUCCCCCCCCUCACACAUGAGCUAAAUUAUGAAUGCGUUGUUAUUUGUUUACUUCAUGUUGGACUGAGAGAUGUGCAUUAUUCAUCUGCUCUGACAGGAGAGACAGCAGAGUAGGACACUGCCCAGGAAAACAUUAGAGCACUGUCUAACAAGGACGUUGUUGCCAGGGAUUUGGGCAGUCAUGCACAUGCAAACACAAUAAUCGACUUUUUUCGCAACAAGCUUGUUUUCAGGCAAACCUCGGUAAGAAGACAGCAAUAGAAAAAAAAAGCCAAAAUGAUAUCCAAGACAAAUUGGUGCCUCCUUUGAUGGUAGCCGCUAUUGUGUCUGUGCUGCUGCUGCUCACCGAUCUGUGGGUCUGAUUUCCAGUCUUUGUUUUAAAUACAUCAGACGCACAGACAGGGCCUCUGAAGCUAAUUGGAUUUCUUUGUGUUUCCUUCUCAGCCCUGAGAGACGAUUUCCGGCAGGCCCCGAGUGACGUGGUGGUGGCCGCCGGUGAACCUGCAGUGCUGGAGUGUGUACCUCCGCGUGGUCACCCUGAGCCCGCCGUGUCUUGGAAACGCAACAACGUCCGAGUCAGCACAACCAAAGAUGAACGCAUCGCUGUGAGUGCAGCAGAAACACAGAACACCUACUCAACAAGUCAAGCACCCAUUUUCAAACAAAGAGGAAAUGCUUUUAUAGCUUUUAAGCCUUUUAGACACUCCAUGUUGUGCAUCGAAGCAAAUUUUCCCCGAGCAUCUACAAAUUGGACAAAGAACAAGAAAAUUGGUACCUUAAAAUCCCGCUAGAGACACAAAUGUGUAUCAAUCUGUGCUUAAAAGUAUCUCUAAAAAUUUCAUUACAUUAACCAACUGUUUUAUUAGAUCGUCGAGCCUUUUGUGAUGGAAAUACAGCGCCGCACAUGUUACAUUAUAUUUUAUGUCUGCAAGAGGAACAAAUGGCUUUGGAUUACAGAGACAUUUACAGGAUUGGCAGGAACGAGGGUCUGGCACAUUGUUUCUUUUCUGGUCUCUUAAUUGGCUUGUUCGAAUAUAACAUGGUGUUAAAUAUACUAUCCUUUCAUACUGAGGCAAAAUAAAAAGAGACAGAGGCUCAUCGUGAAUUUUCAGUUCAUUUGCUGCUUCUUCGCUUUGUUUUUGUCGAUACGUAGUUAAACAAAAGCUUGAGUUAAAAAGAAAUGUUUGAUAAUGAAUAAAACCCAAGGCGUCACUUUAAGGGUGGCUUUUUCCUUACUGUGUUUUCAAUAACCCGACAUUUAUUACUCUUAUUUCCGCUCAGGGGAAAGAUAAAGUGCACAUGGUCCUCCUUAACAUCUGGACAAAAUCUAUGAAAGCUCUUAAAAGAAGUUGUUUCUAAUAUGAAGAAGAAAUAGGUCCCUGAGAUUGUUACAGGAUCAUCUUAUUGUAAUUAUUCCUAAUGCAUGAAAUUACAAGUGAUACUCUAAUUGUAUUUUAGCAUCAAAAUGGCUUAUAUCAAUAGAUAUGAGAUGCAUAUAGGGGAAUCAGGUGCAAUAUUCCCCUUUGAAAUGAGGCAUAAAGUGAGUAUAAUGUCAGUGUGAAUAAUUUAUAUCAGAGCGUUAUUUGAGUUAAUGUGCUAAGUAACAUUCCUCCACUAAAUGGAAGUAAACCAAAGUGUACGUGAGAGGUUUAUAUCAGAAGAUUUGCUAAUGUGGAUUAUUUUUCCAUUACAGGCCGUGAUGAGAAGUUUGAUUUUUAUCUAUCUAAUGUCAUCAGCCGGAGCACUCUGAAGUCUAAUCUCUUGAGCUGUUUUUUUUUUCAGAUGCGUGGGGGCAAACUGAUGAUCUCUCACACCAGGAAGAGUGAUGCUGGCAUGUAUGUUUGUGUGGGCACGAACAUGGUUGGAGAGAGGGACAGCGAUCCUGCAGAGCUGGUGGUGUACGGUGAGUGCGCGGUGGCGUUUAUUUCGUGGAUGUUUGGCGUUAAAGUGUUUAAGAGACACAAACAAGACUCAAAUGAUUCUCUGCAGAGCGUCCUGUGUUGGUACGGAGGCCGGUGAAUCAGGUGGUCAUGGAGGAGGACAACGUCGACUUUCUGUGUGAAGUCCACGGAGACCCUGCCCCCACUGUGCGAUGGCGCCGGGAGGAGGGGGAACUUCCUCGUGGGAGGUGAGAGAGUUAAAGACACGAGCGGAGACCGAUAGAGAGUCACACUAGUGAUGCAUGAACAUCAUACUGCAUAAGAAAUCCAGAGAUACAAGAGAAGAGUGGUGCACUGGAAUAAAAACUCAUGUGACCCAGAAAACAUAUGUGGAGUAAUUGUUCAUUAAUUCAUGCCUGUCUGUCAGUCUGCUAAUACGAAUUCAUAAAUGGAGAAGAGACCAAAGAGGAUUCAUUAGCUGGAUGAAUCCUCCUGAGACCACUUUCAACCUUUUUUUCCAUCUUAACCCAAUAUAAUGCACAUUUAGCCAGACCUAUUCACUAAUCACUGUCACUAAUUUGAGUUGAUUUAAUAGCAUUUUGUUUUUCAAUAACUCGUUUUAUUGAAAAAAACUGCAAACAUUGAAAUCAUAAAUUAACCACAGUCAAGAACUACACAGUAGUUUAAGAAAUACUUCAUGUUGGAAAGAAAUUAUACAUCAUACUGAUUCAUUUAUUCAGUUAGCAAAUGAAUGCAGAUGAUAUAGUUAUAGAUUCUCUAUCUAUGUAACCUUUAAAUAUUCGCUUUGAGUUGUGGAGAAGAUUUUUACAUCAGACUCAAUGAAGCAGUCAUACAAAGUGAAGAAGACUGAAACACUUUUGGAAAUGUGCAUCUAUGAUCGCUUAGAUGAGGGGAUAUAAACCACAGUAGAUGGUUUAACACCAAAUUAAAGUUCUACAGUCAGCAGAAUGUGAGCUCAGCUUUGCACAAAUAAAAACAGAGAUGUAGAGCUAAUGCUUAUUUCUUAUUUGUCGAUCUGUUUGUAAGAGGAGAGAUUUAAGGGCUGGUGGGCUUGUUUUUUUAACUUUUUUUUUAGUUACUUUGCGAAGUGAAGUUGACUGUCUGCUAAAAGUUUAGAUUUUACCAUCCAGAAAUUCUUGUGCUGAUUUAGAAAAGAUACCUAUGGCCAUUGAAAGUUUCACAACUUUUUUUUUUUGGUCAGUGGUGCUUACUUUUUUAUUAUUUUUUAUCACCAUUCCUCCUCUGCUCUGUAAAUCUAGUACAGGAUGCUGCAGGAACCAAUUUUUUUAACGAUUUAAUCACUAAUUAAAACGAAACUUCUCAGAGUAAUAAGCAACAGGACAUUAAUUAGCACAAUAAGAACAACCCAUUAAGACAGGAACCAUGGUUGAGAAAAAAAUCUGAUGCAUAUUUUAGUUUUAUAUUUAUGUCCCAUCCAGAUUGAUUUUUGCCAUCCGCCAAUCCCCACUGGAUUUGUUUGUGAGGCAAAUUUCAUGGUAGUUUAUGGACAGCUGGACUCGCGAGAAGUCACAAGAACCCACAGAUUCACAUGCAAUUGCGCGAUACUGAGUUGUCUCUGUAAAGACAGACACAUAACCAUUUAGAUUAUGUCCUUUAAGAAGAGGAAUACCACCUCUAGACUUUGAAAAUCAGCAUAUCCUUAUCCAUGGUGUCAUCAGGGUGAAAUGCUGUCCAUAAACCUUUCACUUGUUCGUCCCCGCCCCGUUUGCAUGGUGUGAUAUACGAUCCGCCUGAAACAUGGAGUGUUUUCUUCUGAAAAGAAGUCGGAUGCUUUAUUGUGUGGGUUAAUCUGUGCUUAAUGUAUCCGGCAUGCUCCGGCGUCUGGAAAAAAUAGAACUCUUGCGAUCUUCCGUGGAAUCCGGCGAUCUGCAGCAGAACAGAAAGAAGCCGGUGGAAAUUGACGCAUUAACUUGAAAGGUUACGAUCAGCUAUGAUCAACGGAUAUGGCCUUUUCGUAGCGGUUCCAGAUGUGGUAGAAAUUGGAAGUUAACACAAAGGAGGUGGAGUUUAUGACCAGUACUGCAGCCAGCCAGCAGAGGGAGCUCUAAACCUUUUGGCUUCACAGUCAGUGAGAACUCUAGCAUCCAUCUGAAGCUCCUGUGAGGAAAUUUUUGACAUUAUUAAAGCAGACUUAUAGACCAAUAACAGACUUUGUCCACAGGGGGCGCCAAUAGUUCCUCACAGGAGUUAACACUCUUCUGUAUUUACCAUACAGACAUGAACAGGGGAUUGAUCCUCUCAUCUAAGUCAUGACAGCUAACAAAGAGUACAUACCCAAAAUUUCAGAUAUAUAGUAGUGGCCAUCUUCUUCCAUUUUUAAUUUGAAUUAUUUGAAUGAACAUGAGCGGCACUUGAUAUCAUUAUGUUAUGACAAGAGUGUGUAGUAUACGACCUCUGUCAGAUUGGAGAACUUUUCACUUUUCAAACACUUAAAGUCACACAAAAGACUCUUUGAGGAGAAAGUUAUUUCUGUAUAAAUUUGAAGUAAAGUCAAACAUUUUUCUCAUGACUGUGCCCACACAUCAGGCAACAAUAGAGCACCUACAAGUUUCCUCUGUAAUUUUUCACUGAGCACUUUUCACUCGAGUCACUGUGACUCCACUGUCAGAAUAGGUAAUUAAUGAAACAGCCACUUUUAAUGACUGUGAAGCGUUAUUAUACUCUUUCAUUUUUGUGUUAUUUUUCACCUCUUAUCUGUAACCUCUCUGGUUAAUGACUGUAGAGUAUAAAGCUAAUGACUCUGCUUUAGUUCAUAGAAUCGCCUGCAACGACUAAAGAGACAAAUAAGAUUUCACCGCUGAGGUACGAUUUGUUAACGUGAAAAAAAAAAACUCGCCUGUGGAGAGUCUGUUAUAACUUUAUAUUUAAUCUGCUGUUAAGAUAAAAAAGUCAAGUGAAAAAUGUCCAACACAUUGAAAUAUUCUCAUUCGUUUAAAAUUGAUUUUCAACUGGUUCAAGAAAUUCUCCUGGAACCAGCAACUGCAUCUGAGGCAGAUAAGGCACAUUGUUCCACUCACUCCUUUCAAGAUGAUUUAACCUGAUUGGAAAAGCAGAAAAAAACUGAAAUAGUCUGAUUGACAAGAAAAAAAAUGACAUUAUCUUGUUCUGCUGGCAGAUUUUUCGCUCUUUGUGUAGAUUAGCAUUGUCCCUUCUGUCUGUGAUGCUUCUCUGUUAGAUCUUUGAUUAUCUCGCCUCUCUUCUUACUCCAAAGGUUUGAAAUCCGCAACGGCAAUAGCCUUCGUUUGUUCCGCGUGAAAGAGCAGGAUGAAGGAACGUACACCUGCACAUCUGAGAACAGUGUGGGCAAGACGGAGGCUUCGGCCAUGUUGCAGGUCCAUGGUAAGAGAACGGCGUCAUGCAUAUUGUAUACGGGGCGCACACACUCACACAUGCACAGACUUAUCAUGCAUAAAAAAAGGCCUUCAUAUCAGGAGCCAUAUUCAUGCAUAACAUCCAGUCACAUGGUAACAGUAUCAUGCAAAAGCCAGUCUCCUUUUUUGCGUCCAGAGCUCUGUGUUUUUAAUAUCAGUGUAUCUGUGUGAGUCCCUGUCCAGUGGUGCUGCCAGGAGCUUAUGCUAAACCGUAUGGAUUACGCCAUUUGACAGAUGUUUGGUAGAUGUGUGCUUUAACUCAGUGCCAGAGAGCCGUCCCAGCAUUAAUAAGACAUGACUCUCUCCCCCUCUCUCUUCCUGUCUCUUUAUCUCUUUCCUCUCGCCUCCUCCCCGCUCUCCGUGCCCUUUUUUUUUCUGUCUGUGUGUCUCGGUUUAAAUAGUCUCAGACGACUUCAUCCACUAAUGCUUUUAUCAGUGUAAAUGAAAUCCAAACCCAGCUUUCACUCCGCUUCUUCUUCUUCUUCUUCUUCUCUUUUUUUUUUGUGUGGUUCUUUUCCAUGCUUUCACCCGUUUUGUUUUGUGGCUCAGCUUUUCAUCCAUCUCAUUAAUUUUCCAUCUUUCUCCAUCAUGUUUCAAACCCUAUCAUCAUUCCGGUCGGUCCGCUCUGUGAGUUCACUCUCCAUCUAAUUCUGCUGUGGAACGUGCAUUUGUGUAAUGCUCAGUUAUUGUGUGCUCAUGUUUGAACGGCAACGCUUUUUAGAUCAACAAUCAAUGCUUAAUGAUGUAAAUAAGUCCCUCCAUUAGGCACUGAGAUGUUUACAACAUGCCUGUUGCUGCACUCAGGCAUUAAGUAAGCUUAAGUAAGACAUAGGAACUUAAUGUACAGCAGAUUAAGGAAUCCUAUCAAACGCACAUCUGCUGUGUGGAGGAGGAGGAGGAGGAGAGUAUGUCAGGAUACUGUGACACCAUGCGAGCCCUUCCCCGCAUUUCGAAAUGCUUCUGAAAGAGUUUUGAUUUAACACAGCGGUGGUCCGUGUUUAAUUUUGAAUCAGAACAUGGUGGGUUAUUAUUAUUAAAGAGGGACUCUGAGAAUUUAGCGCCGCUUUUCCACUCCAUCAAGGGACUCAUUAGUUGCAGUUAAAAGUAAGAGAAAAAUAAUGGUUAAAAAAUUGAAUUAAAGGCUGAAAAAUCCUGACUUUGGAUUUCUUAAAUAGGUCAGAUUACAGAGAAGAAGAACCUUACAUUUCUCAUAAUGCCGCUCUGCAGGAUUUCAACUUUUUGGCUGUUGCAAACCAUGGACAGAACAACAGCUACCCCAGCUGAGGCCAAAACUUGGAUAUAGGUCACACAUCCUCCAUUGCCACAGAUGGAACCUCAUUAAAGUUUUCUCUAACAUGCCCUCUGCCAUAACAGUUAGUUUUCAUCACAACCCUUUAUUUCCCUGAGAAUUUUAACUGUAAUAAAAACUGCAGCAUCAUUGAGCCGGACCUCGCACCCUUAGGCUUUUUGAUGUAUGAUGCAUGUUUGCAAAGGUUUGCCUUUUCAGUUUAGCUGAGAUGCACAAACCCAGUGAAGCACAUCUUUCUGCACCAUUUAAGACUGAGCUGGAGCAGUUUUAGGGUCAGGUCCAGAAACGGUGUUUUCUGCAUAAAAAGCUGUGAUCAAUUUUGAUCAUUUGUUUUUAUAUGCAAUGAUUUAUAUUCAUCCAUCCAUUUUCUACCUCUUAUUCCUGUUCCUGGGGUCAUGGGGGGGCUGGAGCCUAUCCCAGCUUCUUCGGGCGAAGGCAGGUGACACUCUGGACAAGUCGCCAGUUUAUCGCAGGGCUGACAUAUAGAGACGAACAACCAUCCACUCUCACAUUCACACCUACGGGCAAUUUGAAAGUGGCCAAUUAACCUAACCCCACUUCUGCAUGUUUUGGGGAUGUGGGAGGAAACCCACGCACCUGACACAGGGAGAUCAUGCAAACUCCACACAGGAACGCCCUGACCCGGAUUCGAACCCAGAACCUGUGAAGUGACAGUGCUAACCACUACACCACUGUCCCGUCCACUAAUUUAUAUUCAUAUAAAAACAAAUGAUAAGAAUAAUUUUGACUACAAAUCAAAUCAGUGAGACGCUGAGAUUGAGUUUGCUCCCUUAUCUCUGAGCAGUUAAAUGAUAGAUAUACUCCACUGCAGAAAAUGACAAACAUCUAUUCCAACAUCUAUAGACUCUAUUAUGAACAUGCCUGGUAAAUUGUGCGAGGGUUGUUCCUACUCUGUUCGAUCAAUAUCAAUUGAGGACUAAGUGUCUGAGACAUUUUAACAGCUGAUAACAGGAUGUCUGUUUUAUCCCACAGAAAUAUGAGAUGAAUAGCGCGCAGCAGAUUCAGAAUCCAAUGCUGCAUCAUUUAUUCAGACUUUUUCGUUUGUUGCACGAAAAAUAAAAUGAAAUGUAGGCAUGACUUCUGGAGAGAUGAGUCACAGUUUCUUCACCUAACAAACUCUCAGGUGUCCCGAUUGUUUUAGCAUAACAGCGUGAACGAGGUUUUAGAAGGUAAACACUGUCGAGACUUCAACACACAUUUUUUUUGCAUGUAGGUGGGAAGCUCUGCUGAUGGUGAGAGGACAAAAUUAGACAAAAAUAGUCAGGAACAAGCAUCUGUGUGGAGUAAAUCAGUAUGUUACAGUCCUCUCAGCCUGUAGCUUCGAACACAGGAUGAUGUGCAGGUCACUCUUUCGAACCCUCCUCAUAGCUAUCCGUACUGACACGGUGCGACUUUCACUGAUGGUAACAUUUAUAAAAAUCGAUAGUAGCAGUAGUAGCACCUCUUGUUCUAAAUUUACUCCUAAAACUUUCCAGAUUAUCACCCACACAUUGAUAUAUAUUUAUGGUCUUUAAAUUGAUCUAAAAAAACAAAACUGGCGGGGAACUGCAUGUGAGUCAUCCAUGUGGAAAAGGUGUCUGUAAAACAUGCCAGAAAGUCUUUUAUUCACGUUGAGCUGCGGCCAAGAGAGUACUUUCAUCUGAGCUAAAUAAAAACACCAAAAUAAAUAUGUUGAAAAAGGCCAGGACACCCUGACAGGAAAGAGGAGGAAAUGUACAAAACUGCUGCUACACUUCUGCUGCUUCUAUUCAGUUUUUUUUUUUUUUUUCUUUACCAGCCGGGGAGUUAUCUCACGCUGUUAAUUCAAGCGAGCGAUGACCAACAGUGAUAAUGUCCUGACACGACAACAUCUUCUUUAUCCACGAUAAACACUAUCACACAAGUUAUGUAACUGAAAUCUGCAACGACAAGGAAGCGGCAUUUCCUAACGCAAUUAAGCAGCCCCAAAAUUAGGCUGAUGCUAGAAGUCAUAAGAUAACGGCUGCAUGAGAUUAACAUCAGAUUUGUUUUUAAGGAAUUACAGACAUAGUUGAAGCAGUCAAUUGUUAAUGACAGCGUGAGAGAAUCUGCCUUGUUUGGGAACAUGCUGUCAGUGAGAGCGUAACGACUCAACACAGAUGACUCAGAUCCUUUGUGUAUCCGGCCAAAAAUGUGUAUGCAUGUGUGUUAUUGUGUGUGCAUGCAGAGAUUUGUGGGGAGGAUGAACCCUCGCUGCACAAGCCUCUCAGCCUCCGACGGGAAGCGUGAGCCAAUUAUUCUGACUGGAGGUAGAAGGCAGUGGUCAGUGUAAAUCUACAGAGGCCAGGAUGAUGUGGCCAACGCAAUGAUCUGACCCGAGCUGGAAAUUGGCAGCUCAUGCCCAGACCUUUCCUAAAAUAACCGAGUAAAUGUCAACGGUACAGAGCGGCCGUGCUCUGUGAUGAUUUGUUAUUUUCUGGAGACGGGGAGGUGAUGGCUCUCAUUAGAAACAAAGGGGGCGAUGAGAGAGUAAUGGUAGAUCGAAGGCUCUGAAGGUCGAAGAGGCGACUCUUAAAUCUUGACCAGAUUAGUGUUUUAUGGAUACUUUUCUUUUAGCAGUGAUUUUAAGUUUCUAAUUGCAUCUUCAUUUUCAAUAUGCAGGUUUACCAUCAACUUUUGUUUUUCCAUCUUCUUCUUCAUGUAUAUAACAUUCAUCAUGUAACCUUUAGAGUGACUUGAUAGCCGGUUUUAUGUAAACCAUAAAAAUCUAUCUCUACCUCAGGGCAGUAAAAUGCUGCUCAAACAUUGAUGCAAAAGUAUUUAUAACUCAAUAAUGUCAUUUAUAAUGAUUUACCGUCCUUCCGUUGGGGACAUUUCCAUGCAGACUUAGUACUUUUAGCUCUGACAUUUGAAGGAAAUUGUACUAUUAUUGCGUUCUUUCACGUUGGUGGUUCUUCUUGUCAUAUUGGCUCUUGUGCUUUAUUUAAGGACACUACGUCUUAAAAAAAAGAAAAAAAAAAAAUUAGAUGUGGCUUUAAGUGUAAAAAUCAUCUUCUUAAAAGCAUUUGUAAUGUUUUUUUGGUGGUAUUCCCAUUCUUUUCUCUCUUUCAGUCCCUCCUCAGAUUGCCACAAAGCCCCGAGAUCAGAUCGCCUCCCAGGGGAGGAGCGUCACCUUCCAAUGCGGCACCACAGGAAACCCUCCACCUGCCAUUUUCUGGCAGAAAGAGGGCAGCCAGGUAAGAAGCUGGAGCAGGGAAAGAGAAAACCUCUAAUCCUUUAGCAGCAGACAUUUCCAGCACAGUAUAUUCCUGUUUUCAUGUGAUUGUACGGUUGCAUCUGCUCUUCACAAGCCUCAGGUUUUCUAAACCUUACUCAUGCAGUAUUGCUUCACACCACCAUUGUUUUAAAGGCGAGAAAUACUUGCUGCAACACGAACAGGUUUUGUCUGAUUUAAUCCUACUUUUUUCUGACACCUUUUUUUUUUUCUUUGGGUUGCCCACACUCUUUAAAACACAUUUUUUUCCGAGCGAAACGGGCGAGAGGCGAACAAGAGAGCGCAGCACACAUUUGCAUUUGGCUCAAAGAUAUGAGGAGAGACAAAGAGUUGGAAGGCAUUGCGGUAUUGCGUUGGCGAGAAAUGUUUCUCCUGCUUGCGACCACAGUGCAAGAGAGUAGUGAUGAAGAGAAAGGGGGGGUGAAAAGUAGAAAGGAAGGAAGGAGAGGAGAGGUAGCAGGAAGUAGACCAGGUGUGGAAGCUUCCUCUUCAGGGCAAACCUGCAGAAACACACUGUCCUGAUUCCUCACUGUGCACAACUAUAAAUACCCUGUUGCUCAACAGCAGCUGGGAUCACUGACUUGUAGAAGCAGCUUCAGAUGUUUUCUCAGAAACUAGUCUUGGUGAAAACUGGAAGUUCAGCCCCAGAUUUUGUGAAUAAGCUUCAGAGUGUGGGAUGGUUGAGGCAUGGCCUGGCUGUUUGUCGGGCUUUUCGCUGUAUUUGGGGGAUUAUCUGUAGCCUUAUAACCUUGUCCCUACACUGAAGUCUAAGCCUCUUAGAGGAAUGAAAUGGGUGGAUGGAUGGAUUGAUGUGCAUCCCCUUCCCCCUUGUUCACAUCCAUCUCCCUUAUACUAAAAAAAACAGUGUUGGACAAACCAUAAUAACGUCUGUUUGUGGACAUCAUCUUGAAAAACAUUAAACAACUCAACCUCUUUAUCCUCUGUCCUGUUUACAUUUUCUUCUGCCAACAUUAUCAGUAGGCGAGCAUUUAAUAGCAGAGUGGAUUCUCUGAAAAUUGCCAAUAAUUGUAGAUAUAUUUGCUUUUAAAAUGUUAUCUUUUUUUAGAGAAAUUAGCUUGUAUUAGUGUGCCGAAAGGGUAACCUAUGAAGUUGAACUCCUAAAUGUUGAAUCUACUAAAUAUUAGCGUUACUGCUAGCAUCAACAGUGUGCGCUUGUUAGCACAAGUUAAAAUAAAAAGUUAUUAAAGUUAAAAGUACAGAUUACCUCAGAGAAAAUUUUUGUUUUGUGUCGGUUUUGGCGCCCCCUUCUUGCUGGUCUUCUCCUUCACAUGUCUGAUAGUUAAAUUUAUUGUUAAUUUUUUUUUUUAGUUUUUUAAAAUAUAUUUUUAUAAAAAUUGCAAAAGCAGGACUGUUUUAUCUAAAUAUCCAACUUUUUAGCUGACACCUACCCUCUCACACUGGUUUAAGGCGUUAAAAAUUACAACACAAAGAUGUUCAGUCUUGCUGCUGACGGUCUAAUUUGCUUUUGUAGCUCAUAAAAAAAGCAUCAACCUGAAUCUAAGUCUGUUUUUGUUCAAAUAAAAAGUAAUGAAAGUUAAGUUUAAAGUACAGAUUAAGUUAAAGCUCCUGUGAGAAACUUUUGAUUUGUGUCAGUUUAACACCCUCGUCUUUGCUGGUCUUGUCCUUCACAUGCUUAAAUAGUGUCCUCUGACAAAUAAUCCAUCCUGGUGAUGUCUAAUGGUCAAAUUUAUUGUUUUAUGGGAUUAUUUUUAAUAAAAAAUUGCAAAAGCAGGGCUGUUUUAAUCUGUUAAAAAUUACACCACAAAGAUGGUCAGUCUUGUUGCUGAUGGUCUAAUUUGUUUUUGUAGCUCACAAAAAAGCAUCACCAUGAAUCUAAGUCUGUUUAAUAAACAUAAAAAAAUCCCUUACUUGAGCUUUAAGUUAAAAAAAACAAAACAGUGAACCUGUAAUGUUGGAGACGUAAUUGCACGUAAGAGCAGCAAAGUUUUAAAUGCUCUGCACAUGUGUGGUGGUGAUGAGUUUAUUCUCAUUUGGCUGUCUUACUGGGAACAAGCUCCAUUAAACAAAUUGAUUUGAGGAACGGAAACAACUCUCAGUUGAGUUGGUUCCUUAAUUUGCGUCUCGAUUUUUAAAGGUCUACUUGUUUCCUCUGUUGUCUCUGCUCGUUAAAUUGAUUUCUGGACUUUGUGAUGGACGUAUUAUAAAAGUUUGUGAAAAUGUUUUUGAGACAGAGACAAAUUAAAACAACUUUAAAGACAGAGAAAACAGUAACCUCAGUAAUUAGGUGAUUUAAAACAGUGCGAUUGAUGAUUUUUUGAACAGAAGCCCAAAAAAAAGGAAAAUACUGAUUAAUUUUCAGAAGUUUGACUCAUUAUUUUUGCUAAAAAACAUACACAGUAUUAACUUUUCUCUUAUGCAAAAUUCUAUCUAGAGGUUAUACUUAUAAAACAAGUGAAUAAAAGAUGCAACCUCGGGGCGACCAACUGGUUAGCUGAAAAUAGCUACGUUAUAUUCCCAGUCUAACUAAUUAUUUCUGUCUAGAUGUUGUUGUUUCCCGGCCAGCCGCCAUCGCAGUCUGGCCGUUACUCAGUCUCUAUGAGCGGGGAGCUGACCAUCACAGACGUCCACCCUGAGGACUCGGGUUUCUACAUCUGCCAGGCCAUCAGCGUGGCAGGAAGCGUGCUGACCAAGGCGCUGCUGGAGGUGGAGGGAGGUGAGUCUGCACAGUCACAUUUGAACCUCGGGGAGGUUUAUUCUUUAUUCUGCUCUAAUGAGAGGAAAACAUAUUAAUUACUUAGUAGGUGCAUAACAAUAAGGUUCAUAAAGACUUAGAAAGGAGUCAGUUUGAGACCCCAUGCUGGAUGAGCAAUGAAUUUCUGGCUUAAUGUUCCUCCCCGGGCAGCUUGUAAGCACCAGAUUUAAGCUUUUUUUCCCCCCUUUGUGCUGCCUUUUGUUUUCUGCCUACUAAGCAGCUAAAUUAUUUUCACCCUUUGCACUCUAACGGCUGGCAGCUUUGUAAUCUUAUUUUCCAUAGGCCUUCUGUUCCCCUUCGAUUUUUUUUCUGCACUUGCUGCAGAGAUGAUCAACCUAAAAUUCUUCCUCCUCCACUCUCAAAAUGCCAGGUCCUUCAGGUCGCGUCCCGCCGAUUAUUCGCCAAGGCCCGGCCAAUCAGACGGUGUCUUGGGGAGCGACGGUGCAGCUGCACUGCCGGGUGAUCGGUGGGCCCGCGGUCAGGAUUUCAUGGGAGAAGGAUGGAGAGAGACUACAGGGAAAUAAACUGCCGCUGACCUUGAUGGAUAAUGGGACUCUACAAAUCACAGACAUAAAGGUGUGUGUGUGUGUGUGUUUACAUUAAGUGAGGGUCAUUUCUCCGGUAGGGCAGGAGAGGAGGAGUUUUGAUAGGUGUUUGUCCUCAAACUGGAGCGAAAACUGACUCUUUGACUGACGGAAAUUGCUGGAAACUUUCCCGUCUGAUCUCCACCCUUGUCUGACUUUUUCCCGCUGCCCGUGAGGCGACCUAUCUCUUUCUCCUUUCCUAUUAUGAAUUCCUCUUUUUGUUGGUAAAAUUAAGGUGAGGCCGGGUUUCAAAGACCAAUCUCUCUAAGGCAGGCCAUAUCUCUCCGACGCAAUUAUGUGCUCAUGCGGUGUGUAAUUGUUAUGUUAAUGAAGGUGCUUGUUUGUAAAUGCUAAUGCGCUCUGCUUUGAUGGAGGAGCAGUCAGAAGCCCCCUUUGUGCUAUAACCCCACCUGGAGGUCAGUGGGUGCAGGCAGGACAGAGCAAAAAAGCAUCAUUUCCAUUAAUUGACUGGCGAUAGAUGAUUAAUCAUCUGACCGGCUUUUAAUUAAAUCUCUUGCCCGUGACUGUAUUCUCGCUCACUUCCUUCGCCGUCCUGUUUUCUCGUCCUGCUGCCGUGCUCAGCAAACUCUGAGAAUUAAAGUUCGGUCCGCUGCGCCUCUGAGGCAGGGGAAAUCUGCCAUGCCAAUGUGCUCAAUGGAACAGAAGAGAUGCAUUAGUGUGGCAUCAAGGGGGCUGACAAGGGAGGAAAAAUAAGAGGGGAAAUGGAGAUGACGAGCCAGCGACUAAAAAUAUUUACCCUGCUGAUGCCCCCACCCACCAUGAAUAUUUCAGCGGUAGUUUGAGUCAUCUAAAGAAGUUCACCUGCACCACCCGCCGCGCUGUCUGUCUGUCAGCCGGAGGUCAACGCUGCGGAGGAUGAUCUCAUAUGGUCUGAUUAUGGUUCCAGCAGACUGGCUCUCAGCCGGGGCAGGGCUGCUGAGUGAACACCAGCCAGUGUCAGGUGUAUACACUUUAUAAUGUAAACAGCGGGGCAGGUAGAGUGGAGGGAGGUGUGCUGCUUCAUGGUUUGGAGCAGGGAUGCUUUCUGAGCCACCGGGAGGAAGAAUUGGCAUCGUUUAAGUACGCAAGAAGUGACGGGAAAGUUGACAGCAGGGGUGGAAACAUUUCAGACCUUUUACAUGACGCUUCAAAACUCCUGAUAGGCGAGGGGUACUCAGGACUAACAAAAAUAGCGAUUAAAAAACCAGGUAAGGAUGGAAAUAAAAAGAGAAUGGCAAGAAUAUGCAAUAACUUGUGUAUUUUAAUAACGAAACUUAGGUCAGGACCACUACAAACAUAAAACAAUCCUCACAGAGCUGAGGAUGAUAAUAAUUAUAACACAAAAUGAUUCUCUCAAAAACAGGACGACUACCAAUAACAGGUGACAGCUACAAAAACUCACCAAAAGGAAAUAAAAGAGACACCACCCCGUCUAAACAAAGAUGAAUCACUUUUCCAAUCACUACUGAGAAAAUCACACUAAGGCUGCUGCUGCUCCACUGCAGAAUGUCACUCUGGGCUGAGAAUGAGAGAGAGUGAGACGCAUGUCCUCUGCAGCAGCUGCAGGUGCUGGGCAUCCUGCAAUCAGAGAGACACUCACAGACACUCCCACUCACUCUCACUCUCACUGAGACACUCCCACACAGGUACAUGCUCACUUUCACAUGCAGACACAUCCACACAGAUACUCACACACUCACGUUUGGACACCCACACACAUAUAUUUGUAACAAUCAGAUUUUAUUUUAUUUUCAGAAUUUACAUAGAACCAUACAUCACUUCAAUUCAAAUAAGGUAGAAAAUGACAAGGAAAGGAUAAAACAUGAGGGGAAAAAAGAUAUCAAAACAUAAAGGGUAAACAAAGAAAAACCUCCACAACAACAACCCAAGAGCAUGUCAUCAAUCAAAAAAUAUGUGUCCAUGUACUUAUAAAAAAGUGUUUUUUUGUAACCAGUCAGCUCAGUCUGGGACCUCCUAAACCUCCUCUGUAUAGUUUCACUUAGAUCUUGAGGCAAGUAAUUCAUAAGGGGCUGCCAUCUGUCCAUAAAGAUAUCAUUUCCCUUUAAUUUAGCACUUAGCCUUUUCAUCGGUAAAACUGUAAAAAAUUCAGUUACAGUGGGAGGUUUGUCGGAGGUUUGUUGCGUGUCCAAUUAAAUAGUAUACAUUUUCUGGCCGAAAUAAGAGUUUAUUAAGUAAUUUUGAUCGUCUCACAUCCAUAACUCUAUUUGUAACUCUGAAUUUUUAAAAUCACCAUAUGAUGAUUGAUUAAUUAAGACCAAAAACAGAACAAAAAAAGACUGGAUGUUGUAGUUUUGGGUGUGGUGCACUGAAACUGAAAAUUUUAACUUUUUGUAUUAGAAAAACAAAAAAAAGUUCUGUGAUUGAAGUGUUCAGGGGCUUUUCCACUCUAGCAUUUUUGUUUUCGACUGACAGCAUCAGUGACCUAAAUUUCAGAGCACUUAUUGACGAGGUCUUAAGUUGCUAGGUUACAGCGGAUGUCAUUCAUAGUGGUCUUUGGCUUUAUAUGAAAGUGCCCUGCAUGCGUCUUCAUUGUUUUUAUUGAAUGACAUUUUAUACAGAAUAGCUGAUACAAAUCAUGUCAUUGCAACAGAUGCUGGGCGCAGACGUCAACAAACUGCAGUUCAGUGAGAAAAUAUGCGCUGCCGGUCGAUAAAGCGUGUCAGCAGACGUGAUUUCAACAUCAGGAGUUUGUGUGAAGGGAAAUAAAAACAAUGUAGGAAAACUGUUAAAGUGAGAUCCGUCAGAGGUUUAGAAAUACAAGAUGCUGCGGGAAAUACUGCCAAAAAAUUGGAAUUACAACAGCGGACAGGGAUUAAAACAUGCUGAGUUAGCGUCUGUUUUAAGGGCACACCUGUAGAAAUGCAUUUUUAAAAGAGAGCUAAAAGAUGAUAGAGAAGUUGCCGCUCUGAUCACCUUAAGGUGGAGGUUGUUUCAGAGGGUGGGGAUCCAGUCUGAGGAAUGGUGAGCAAAGCCUUGGCUGAGGACUUAAGGUUAUGAAGGGAGGAGGUGCUUUAAAGGUUAGUCUGCCUUGCUCCUUGCUGGGUGAAGCCACUGUGAGAACAGCACCCUCUGUUGAUGGGCUGCAGUAUAGGUCAUAAAUCCCGCCUCCUCCAGCAAAGCUUAUGGGGCUGUGGACAAACUUUAGAAAUUUAUUACACAGAAUAUAAACUUUUCUUCCCCUGCCUUCGAUGUUGACAUGUAGUUACUGUAAGACUGGUUUGUGCUCAAGUCCUCUUUUCUUCUGAUCAGCUCAGUUUUUAAAAGUUAUUAGGGGGUUCAUGUUUUCUGUGAUUGACACUUGAUACAGCCUAUAGGCGUAUGAAGAUUGUGUAGCUCACCAAGGGGAUACUCUGUUUAAGCCAAGCAUCAUCACAGCGACUCUCCCACCGAAUGUGUACAAUGCUACUGCCCACUGUUUGUUUCGGGAAGUGGAGAAAAACUGUGGAAUUACAGAGAGCUUUUCAGCUUUAAAUCUGUAUACAGGCAGAAUGCGGAACCAAGUUGUCUGUAGUAUAUACAGUCUAUGGUCCAAAUAGGUCAAGAUAAAAGUAUGAAUGAGCUGUUGUCUGGAUAAAAACAACCUAACCUUGGAGAGUCUCUUCAGCUUCAGAGUCUCUUCACUAUCGCACCGCUAGGUUGACAUCCUGAUUCUUGGGGUCAGAUAAAUAGUAAUAGAGUCAAAGUACUUUUCUAUGUUUAAACCUAAAAGAUAAAAUAGUAACAUGAUGUUUGAGUAAUUCAAAUUGUCUGUUUAGUCAGUACACGGGUUUCAGUAAAUAUUUAUGCAUCGACUGCCACAUACACACACACUGAGAACAUUUUCGGUAAAAGCAGGAUUUUGCUGUUGAGGUUCUUGAUACAAACUCUUUUAAAGUUGUUGAGGUAUAUCAGAACCAUUAAAAAGUACUCACAGCACUUGUUCAGGAUGUGGCUGUUGGGGGUGUUUCUGUCUUAAAAGCCGACUUCUGUGUAACAGGACACGGACUCGGGGAUGUACACGUGUGUGGCAUCGAGCCCCACAGGGGAGUCGAGCUGGAGUGGGAUGCUGACUGUCAGAGGUACUCAGACCACUCACACUCACACUCUUGUCUUUCUUUUGCACUUCACACUCUGUCACUCUCACACUACACCUCCGUGCUUAAGAAAGUACUUACUGUGCCAAUGUUUUUCACAAGAGUCUUCAGCCUUAAUAGGACUAAACCAGCUUCAGUUCUUCACUUCAGCCCAAAUGUUCAUCACAGCUCCUCCACUCUUGUGAUGUAAUAUGAUUGUACUUUUUCGCUCUGGUUGUGUAACAGAGGAUGGAGUUUCAUCAGUUUCAAGAGUUUCUGAGUUCAUCCAGCUCCCGGGUCCUCCGCAGAAACCUGUGGUGACGGAGGUGACCAAAAACACCGUCACCCUCACCUGGCAGUCCAACCCACAUGAAGGCGGAGCUGCUGUCACCUCCUACAUCAUCGAGGCCUUCAGGUACACGGUGACACUCAGGCUUUUGAGCUCCAUUGUCUGAGCUGGUCUCUUUGAAUGUUCAACAUAUUAACCCUCUGGUUUCGCCUUACUCUUGUUUACACUUAAACCCUUAUGUUCAUAAUAUGCUCAUUUAAGAAAUAAAGCUAUAAAAACAUACUUAAAUAUUAUUGGAUUGUAGUUUUUUGGGGCUGUUUUUUUGUCCACAUCUGCCCUAAUUAUAGAUAAAAAAAAUCAAUAAUUUUUCAAUUUUUUUAACCCUUUUAGUGCCAGGUUUUUGCGAUGAUGCUAGCCUGUUGAAUGGGUUUCAAUUGAGCGUGUUAUGCUCAUAAUGUUUCCAAUUUAUGCUAUUUGCAUGAACACAGUCAAAGUUAUUGAAAAAUUCAAAACAAAAUGAGCGUAUUAUGAGCCCAGAGUGCCCAGAGGGUUAAAGACCCACUCUGAUAAAAAUCAUGUUUUUCUUGUUUUUUAUAUGGUUUUAUGGCAUUUUUCUGAUGUUACAGGACAUAUCAUGAGAAAACUAAAUGCGAAAUUGCUUUUCUGUUUAUUUCUUUAUUCAAAUCACUGUGAAUCUCUGGCAGACCCGAACAGCAGGAUCAGACACAGUGAGAUUUCAUAUGUAACCAAUCCAAGCUCCGCCCCCUGGAGCCCCACUAUGCAGGCCACACUCUGAAAAGUAGAGAGGACGAUCCCGGAGCAAGCGUGUGCGUUAGCGGAUUGCAAUGCUCGUAAGAAAGCUAAUUUUGAUUAGCUUUCAUCGUGUCCCUAAAGACAUUAGUAUCCGAGAGCUGAAUUGAUCCUUUGUUACCUGCCACUUCUACUACACUGACAAUAUGAGGCUGCAAAUGUGACGUCGAGUGUGCAGAGCAGCGCUGACUCCACCCAUGGCAUAUUGCUAAUGAGCUACUGGAGCUCUGCAGAAGAAAAACUCUUGAAAAUGACACAGGUAAUGUGAUUUUGGAAAACUCCAUAAUCACAAUUUAAAGAGCACUAAGAACACUUUAAGUAGUAAAAAAACAAAACAAUCGGAGUGGGACUUUAAAGCUCCUAUGAGGAGGUUUUGUGACACAUAAGAAACAGACUUAUUUAAAGCAAACAAGACUGUCAACGACAACAGAGAUGAUUUGUUAACACAGCAUGCUCAUAAUUUUCAUUAGAAAUCUUUCAAUGCUUGUUUGUCAUGUCGGAGACCACUGGGAUGCAUAUUUAUAAUAGUAUUUAUGAUGCAAAUGUUCUAUCAGUGUUAUAGGGUGGUGCACGAGGGAAAAGAAACAAGCAGGAGAAGCGAUGAUUGAAGAGACGAGAGGAUGCAAAAUGAUGGCAGGAGCACAAAGAAAGUACAGGAGCAUGUUUGAAAAAUAGAUCCUGUGAAGGUCACCACCGUCACUAAGACAAUGAAGCGCUUAAUUAGUUGCGUAACAAACUUUUGAAACUUAGUCAUCAAUAAUUGUUGCUGUUUGAUUCCGCAGGAUGUGCAACUUUAGUGUGUCUGCCAAGAAGGGUGAUGCUACAGUGACCGAGCCGGAUCAAUAUGACUGUCAUGUUCUUUUUUUUAAAGUUUAGAGGAAGAUAAGUCCGUGUUUUUUUUUUUUAAAUCAAGACAACCAAAGAAAACUGGCAUCCUUGCUCCUAAAAUCCUCCUAAAUCAGCAGACACCCUACAGGGCCACAGUCUGAUGCACGACUUAAAAACAGUCUGCAGCUCUUGAAGAUGGAUCAUCAUCUGUUGCUCAUGAGACUGUGCCAGCGUUUCAUGGGGCACUCAAGCCGCCGUCACGCAUUCUUUACAGCUGGUCAGCAAUAUAUCUGGUCUGAUAAAUGCCCAUAAAUGCCUGGGAAGACUCUUUUUAGGCUGCUAAAACAGGCCACAGUGUCUAAUCUUGAUGUCCAGAGGUAUUUCUUUUUAGAUUUCUUUAAAUAGCUCAUGAGAAAUGACAGAAACAGAUAGGUGUGUGUCUUUAAAUCUUCUCCUCCUGGCCGCAAUAACAGCAGCCAUCUGUGCGCAACACUGGGUGCCUGGAUUUGCACCUUCUUUCCAAAGGUAUAAUAUUUACACGCAGUGAAAAUAACAGAGGCUGUUUUAGCCUUAGGAAAUCACAAAUGGUGCUGAAUUAACACAUUUGCAUUUUCUCCUCUUAGUCUGAGAGAUGCAGUGCUGUCAGUAGAUCAGCUUGCACGUUUUGUUUUGCAGGUGCAUUGAAGUUUCUGCACGUUCACGUCGUAAAUCAGGCCCUUAAUAGCCUGUUAAGCUGCGGUAUUUCUUUUAUCGGUGGUCUGGCUUCAGUUUGGUAGCUGUGAGAGCGCCAGGAGUGAAAUUUAUUCUAGUUAUUGUCAUUGUGUAACCUCAUUUCACUUCUCCCUGAGUUUGGCUAAGAUGGAUUAAUUCAGGCUGAACACUUUGAAGCACUCUCCGCUCCUGAUUCAAACCUCCCUAUCUUGAAAAGAUACUCUCUCUGUUUAAUAAUAAUCUGACUGUUCCCAGAUAAUGAAGUCGUCUUCAUUUAGACUCAUCAGGAUUUCAAAAUGUCUCAUCUCUGCCCGAGGGAAAGAGAGUCCCCGUUAAGUGACGUCCUGAAGUGAAACCACGACACUUGCUGGAUCAGUUUUUAGCUGCGGCAUCCCGAGGAGAGCCGGAGACAGUGAGUGAAGGAGGAGACAAUUACUGCAGUGGUCAGCUCUGUCCUGUCCCGGGGCAACAAAAGGAGGAGGGGCGCUAGCUGCCCGUUUGGAAAGAUCAGUCAUUACAGAAGAAGUGGAGAGGGGACAAAACGAGACGCAAACACACAAAAGUCCAGUCAGCUGUGUGUGUGGAGAGGAAACUCAGUGUCACGUAGAGCUGGUGAUAAAAGGAUGUCUCACUUUAGCGCCGACAGCAUCAAUAAAGACGUCAAAACCUAAAUUUAUAUGUCAGAGGACCGUUUAUUGUAUACAGUGGAUAAAAAUACUGAAACUAGUGUUAUGAAAGCGGAGGAAUCUUGACGUAGAAGCAGCCUCUGUUGUUUUCACUUCAAUCCCAUUAAAAUCUGCUGUUUGGAAAGAAAAACUCAAGAGUCUCGAUUUAAAUGGCAAAUAGUUUCUCCUGGGAACAUUUGGUGAGAAGGGUGACAGAGAAAGAAAUCACUGAGGAUGGAAAACGCUGCAGCGUGCAUGUUGUAAUUACCUCGCCAUUUUCUUCUCUGUGGAGUUGCAAAGGAAAAUGUUAAAUUGUGCUCAUGCUGUUUGAUAGUCCUCGUCCCCGAGCAAUACCGGGGCUGUUGUAUCCUCACUGGACACAUUUGGAAACCCUCCUCAUAACCUGCUGCAAUAAAAAGAAGAAGGGAAUAAAGCUAGCUAUUGCUCUGUGUCUUAGCUCAAACUGGCUGUAUGUGUUUUAAGGCGCUCUGGAAACAGCUAAAAUGCUUAUUUAGUUAACUGUACACUUUAAAUCUGGGUUAGUGUUAUAACGUUUCGAAACAGUCUUGGUUAUUCAAAUCAAGUGAUAUUUUUGUUGGUUUUAUCAUCAAAUUAUAGAUUUGGAACUCAAGUUUUCAUGAUAACACAAGAUUAUUGUGUCACGUGGCGAGUUUUUGUCACUGCUAGGCCGGCUUUUUAGUGUUAAAGCUCCAGUGAGAGUUUUUAAUUGUAGGGUGACCAUACGUCCUCUUUUACCCGGACAUGUCCUCUGUUUUGGGGGCUGUCCGGCCUUGUUCAGUCUUGUCCGGGGGAGUUUAUAAAAUCCUUCAGAUGUCCGGGGUUUUGUAUGGAAGUAUUGAGUUUGUGUCGCGUGGACUUACUGAGUUAGAACGUGACUCCGCCCCCGUGUAGUCGUAUCUUCUUUUUGGGGAUUCAGGAUAUGGUCACCCUAUAACUGGUUAUGAAACAGACUGAAAUUAAGAGUGAUGUAUCUAACAUACAAAAGUAAAUUUGAAAAAUUCCAUAGUUUUAGUUUUAGACACGCUGAAGAAAUAGCUUCAGGUUACUUUACCCAAAGUGGAAUAGUCACGGUGGGGGAUACAUUUCACUGUGGAAAGACAGUAGGAGGAGAUGUUGUUAUUUUACAUCCCUUUAAGAUGAAAUUAUCAACAAUUUGAAGAACCACUUUGUCCACAGGAGGCGCCAAAGUCAACACAGGCUGAAAAUUCCCCACAGGAGCUUUAAAAAACAGUCAAAAUAUAUAUGUAUUUCGUAGUGUCUCAGUUAUCUCUUUAACAGUCAGUACGUUCAUGUGACACUUGAGAAAACCGAAUUAUUGCCUUACUCUGAUUAAGACCGCACAACCGAAGAGCAUGUUAACACUUUCGUCCGACUCCAGUCGGAGUUUGAGAACUCCGAUUGAAGUCGAAAAAGUCUGAUUUAGACACCCAGAUAAUGCGAUUGGAAUUUGAUUUUCUCUACCAAGUAACCAGCGUAGUCUGCGAAUGAUUGGUCAAUGCAUGUGCUCAUGCGUCAUGCCCCCGUAACAGACAGUUGUAUUGGGUCAACUGGAAACAGCUGAAAAAACCCAUAUUGCUCCCUAGUUUAACAUACAGUAGACGGACUUCUCUCUCUCUCUCUCUCUCUCUCUCUCUCUCUCUCUCUCUCUCUGACAUUGCCUGGUCCACCUUCAUCUGUCUGUUUCUAUCAGACUAUCAGCAAAAGGGCAAAAGGUGGAGAUCAAAUCUGCUGUUAUCUGAAGAUGACAUGAUAAUGGAGCCGUAUGAGGCUCGUACGAUAACAGGAGAGAAACGACGUGGGCUGCACAUUAGCACAUUUGAAACUUUACAUCCUGCUGAACAUCUUCCUGAUUAAGAUCUUGACUUUGCGUAGCACUUGACUUUCCUUGAGUAAAUUAGUAAAUGUGCUCUUUUUUCUCACAGUUGGGAUAAACCAUGGUCAUAUAUACAUGUUUAUGUUGUGAGAUAAUAAAAUAAACGUGUCUUUUUUCCUUCCUUAGUCAAUCGGUGGGCAGCACCUGGCAGACGGUGGCGGACCACGUGAGGCAGGAGAGGCACACAGUGGUCGGACUUUUCCCAAACACCGUCUACCUCUUUAUUGUUCGAGCCGUCAACUCUUACGGCCUCAGUGACCCCAGCCCCAUAUCUGAGCCCGUCAGGACGCAGGGUAAGUUGUGUUUGAGAGAAAAAAAAAUCAGUUUUCUGUUUAUAUUUUCCUCCGAUGAAUCAUUCCCUACUAUCUUUACAGAAGUGUAUCUUUAUAAAGCAGGAAAUUAGAGAUGCAGAUUGUACAGCAAACACAAAGAUAAUGUGCUUCAUGGUUUAGAAAAACUUUGCAUAUGAAGUCUGAAAACUAAUUGCUUUCUCAGUGUGAUACUCUCCUGCCUUAAGCCACGUUUAAUUAUAUCAAAAAGCUUUCAUUUUGUGAGCUGAAUAUGUGCUGUUCAGCAGUUAUUUUUAAUCCUGGAUUUAAUGUUUGUCUUUGUUGUUUCAGAUGGGAGUCCUACAGAACAAGGCGUGGACCACAGACAAGUACAGAGAGAGCUGGGAGAGGUGUCUGUCUACCUGCAGAAGCCUGUCGUUCUGUCUCCCACCAGCGCCAGGAUUUCUUGGACUGUGAGUCGAGCUCUUGGCUGAUGAAAACGUCUACUUUUCAAAGUCGGCUUUUGGAUGUGCGGAGGACACGCUAAUCUCUAAACAUUAACUUCAAAACCUCUUCCAAAUAUUACGUGACACAAACAGAUUAACUCUGAGUUCAAACACAGCUCGUUCUGCUCCUGUUUACUGAUGUAAAUAUUAAACUCUCUGACUGUAUUUUGCUGUUUUUGUUUUUCCAACAUUCCCCAGGUUGCCCGUCAGUCUCGGUACAUCCAGGGUUACCGUGUAUUUUACCGAACCAUCGGCAGCUCCUGGCUGGUCCAGGAUGUGGAGGCCACCUCUGACCAUAGCGCCAUCUUAGUGGAUCUGCAAGGCAAUAAAGAGUACGAGAUCAAAAUACGGCCGUAUUUCAACGAGUUACAGGGACACGACAGCCUCAUGGUGCUGCUGCGUACACCCGAGGAGGGUAAGGAAGUGCAUCAGAAUAAAUAAAAGCCAUUAUCAUGGUUUGAUUAUCAGCUUAUCAACAGAGAGAGUCCACUUAAGCGCUAUAAUGCAAUAAUCUGGCCGGUAUCUGUUUGUAAAAGAGCAAAUUAAAUCUGUAAUUUCCUCUUUUCCAGCUGUGAAACAGCCGAGAUACAAACUAAGUGGCUGCUAGCUCCAGAGAUAGAGAUUGAUCAGAAUAUUUGAGGUUUAUCCAAUUACAGUUUGCAACACGGCACUUUAAAGCUCCUGUGAGGAACUUUUUGUUUUUGUUGAUUUUUCUAUUAGUGUUUCUUGGUGAAAAAAAAAAUCAUCCUGCUGUCUUUUACAGUUAGAUAGAGAAAGUGGAAAAGUGCAGUUUAUCACUCAGUCUGACACCUACUUCCUGCCAGACACUAAAAAGGACAAUCUGGAAAUAGUCUCUCUUCUUGUCAUUUGUCUUGUUUGCUUUUUGGGGCCAGAAAGAAACAACAGUAUUUCAGAUUGUUUCAUAACCAGCUAAAAACUCCUCAUAGGAGCUUUAAAACACAAUAAAUUUAGAUUAUUUAAAGCUUAUGAACCUGGUUAUGAAAAAGACAGAUAAAUUCAAAAGACAUAAAUUGUUGUUUUUAAUGCCACUGUCAUUAACAUCACUUUUUUUGUGUGUUUUCCCCCCAAAAAAGUUACUUCAUGAGUGAUAAAUCUGAGAAAUUUGUUAAAAUCACCAUUUACACCUGAUCAUUACAAACUAGGAUGAGAGGUGACACUUUGUCCGCAGGGGCGCAGAUGUCAACACAAGCUGGAGUGUCUUCAUGAGCGCUUAAUGAAAUUUACUAAAAGGCCCGUAAAGAUGUAACACCCCGGAGCAUAAUCCAUAAUGUCUUAUCCAUAAAGUAAUGAUUAAAAAAUGACAUUUGGAAAAGAAAAUAGAGGCAGUGUUGAAGUGUUGCACUUAAGAUUCAUGCAUUUGUCAGCUGGCAUUUAAGUUGAUCUUUAAAACAUCCCAAAAAGUGACAUAUUGAGACGAACACCACAGCUAAGCCAAGCCUUGUUCAUUCAUUCAAUUAAAUAUACAAGUACAACUAAAAUCAUAGAAAAUUACACGCCUUCUAAAUACAUCAUGGACCUCUAAAAUAGUGUGUAACUACUCCUUCUGUAUCAGUCUUUACUCAUUUUAAUAUGAAUUCCUUCUUAUCUCUGUCUGCAGUGUUAAGUGCAGCUCCACAGGCGGUGUCAGUGGUUCAGCUCACCAACAGCACCAGCAUCAGCGUGUCCUGGGAGCCUCCGCCUCAUAACACUCAGAGCGGGAUCAUCAGAGAGUACAAGGUGAGACUGCAGCUUUCAGGAUGAGUCCAAACAUCUCCCUAGACGUCAUCUGACAGUGUGUAUCCUCCUCCUCCUACUGAGUGUUUAUCCUGCUUUUAGGACGGUCAAGCGGUGACACAGCUGUAGGCAGUGGAAAUAGAGUGGAACAAAUUAGCCGUCUAAUCCACCAUGUUUGUAUUUUUAUCCCCAAAUUUGUUGUUUAGACACUCAUGAGAAACACUGAUUUUAAUUAAGCAUUAGUAAUUACUCAUCGCCUCUUAUCAGCUGCCAGAACAGAAAGAGACUCGAUUUUGUCAUCAGAUUCUGGGCUGAACGCUGACUGUCCUUGUCAUCUGCUCUUCUCUGUGAAAAACACCGAGUUCUGAUUAUCAGUCUCUUAGCAUGAGCGCCACGCUGAUUACUAAUCACCCGGCUGCUAUUCCAGGGGAAAAAAAAGAAAGAAUGAAAAAGAGAGAGAAGGAACACACAGUUCUUUUGUUUUGAAGUAUUCUUCCAGUCAGCGUGGAGAAAGUUAUGAGAAGUCUGAUCAUGAAACAGCAGAUUCGUUCGGUCUGUGUGGAGGCUCAGCAGCCCAAGGCAGGGAUCACACUUAAUCCCCUUAAAGAUUCAAUUUGCUAAAAAGUUCAGCCUCACAAAGCCGUCCGAGGCAAAAAUGUCAAAAAAUGAAAUGUUCCAUUUGUAGUUUUGUGAAGCAGGUUUCGAUGUCAUCAUAAAAACUUUAUCAUUUCGAGGUUUAUAGCGUUGACUGUUAUGUAGAUUACAUCGUAGGUGGGAGGUGAUUCAUACCUCGAUUUAAGUUUUGGACUAACUUACAUUUAUGCUCAACUGUGGCUUUAGUGACCUUAUUAAUGAAUUUCUGCAGAUUUAAUCGCUCAUCUGAAUAACAGCUGAAGUUUACUCCACAGGGACCAGCUGCAACAUUAAGAUGCUAAUUUUCCGCAUGAAUGCUUUAAUUGUGAAAGCAUAUUGCGCAGUUAAUUUUUUAAAUAUAGAAAGAGGCCAAGCAGCUUUUGACAAAAGAGAGGAUAAUUUCUCAUCCACUCAAAUAAAAGCCGAAUUAAUAAACGGUUAUUUAUUACACCGAGAACCUGCUGCCACAGUUUUAUUUAGUCCAAAGUGACAAAUGAUUUAUGUUUGUGAAAGUAAGGGAACAUUUUGGAGAGUAUCACUGAGUUCACAGAUUUAGUUUGAUCCUCUUUAUAUGAGUGACUUGACGAUACAGUUUAUUGCAGUGACAGCAUAUUUACUCAAGCACUUUACUGAAGCCGCAGGCGUAGAAUUCAAGUCUAAGAUUCAAGAUUAAGUCUAACCCGAGUCUUGGUAUUCAGGACUUAGACCUGGUUUCGACUCCAGCACUGAUCAUUAAGAUAUGAAUUCAGACUUAAAGCCUCAGUAAGGAACUUUUAGCUGAUGUCAGUUUUUGCUGUCUUUUCUUAUUCUGUCUUUUACAUGCAGAAAUCUCAUCCUGCUGACUUCUGAUACUCAAAUUGAUCAUUUAUUGUGAAUAUUUGAUGUAGAAAUUGUAAAAACAGAACUGUUGGCUGACACCUACCCUCUCCCGCUGCUUUAUGGUGUCAAAAAUUGAAUUACAAAAUUGGUCACUCUUAAUGUAAAUAGUCUUGUUUGCUUUCAUUUGUCAUAAAAGAGCAUCAGAGUGAACUUGAGCCUGUCAAAAAACUCCUCUCUGGAGCUUUAAAUAGUGUCUGCUGUAUGACUCACAAAGUAGAAAGUAGUGAUGAUUACAUAAGAUUUUUCCAAACAGACAUAAUAAUUGAUGUUCAAAACCCUAUUCCACUAAGUUGGGAAAUAGCGAUAAACGUAAAUAAAAACAGAAUAUAAUGAUUUGUAAAUCCAUUUCAACCAGCCAUGAAAUUCUGAGUUAAUUAUGAUUUCCAAAAGAAAAUAAAGUUUAUGAGUUUGAACAUGAAAUAUCUUGUCUUUGUCGUGUAUUCAAUUAAAUAUAGGUUGAAAAGGAUUUGCAAAUCAUUGUAUUCUGUUUUUAUUUACGUUUACCACAAUUUCCCAACUUCAAUGGAAUUGGGUUUUGUAGUUGUAGUUUAGUAGUUGUAGUUUAGUACAUUUGUUAAGCUUCAUGUGUGCUAAUAGGCCACCCAAUUUAGGACAGCUGAAGACGACCAGAAAAAGUGGCGAGAAGAGUCUAGGGGGGAGACAUACAGCGACGGGUCAUAGCAGGGAGACUGCAGCCUCUGUAUACAAGUCACACACUUGAACUGCUUGGAAAGUACCACUAAAUCCAUUCUUGUAGCAGUGAUUUAUCCCGGACUUGGCUCUGAUUCCUCCCUGGUGACUCCUCUACAACACUGACUUGAGCACAAAUAUAGCCGUACAUGAGUAUUUCUGUUUUGUGCUACUUUUUACUCCUUCUCUACGACAGCUUAGUCCACAAAUGUGAGACUCAUACUCCAUCACACAUGCGGUGAAAACUCUAAUCUCAAAGUUUGAUGCGUUUUAUUGCACACCUUUGAAAAAAUAAACUCCAGCUCAGCCAGUUAUCGAAUCAGAAUAGCAAUUACAUCUUCUCGCACCAAUGCAACGCCACUUCUCCUGUAAUUAAAAGUGACUAACGUUGAUCAAACAUUCUGCAUAAUGUGCCAUUUCACUUUAGGAACUGUGAGUACAUCUCGCUGUAAUAGUGUUCCUGCUUUCACGAAUGCAAAAUCGAUUUGAUAAGCAGUAAAUCCUACCGUUGUUCACUUUAAAAAGCACUCUGCUAUCACAGCCUCUGUGGGUCUGACAUGAUGGAUGCUGCUGUAUAAAAAACAUCACAGGGUCAGUAAACCCACCGUGCUGACUUCAGAAGUCUUUCUGCUGGAGCAGCCUGUGCCGCACAUUUUAAUAUUGUUUCAGCACUUACUGUUAUUCAUAACGCUUGCUUGGCCGCUGCAGCCAAAGAUACAACCAUAUUUUUCAUGAGGUUGAUUGAUCAAAAAGUUCAUUACUUUUCAAUUUGAUCCAGUAAAAAAAAGACAUCAUUUCAAGAAACAAAGCAAAGAAUUAACAGAUAAUUUAUCGCAUAAAGCUCAACAUUUGACUAUUUGUCUUUAAUUUGCGGUGGAUUCAUUUAGUAGUUUAAUGCAACAGCUUUAGCCUCAGGAAUCUCAGUUUUUAUUUCACUUUUUAACAUUAAUCUCAAAGCGGGUAUAUUCAAAAUAAAGAUUAAAACUGUCAUUGCAUUCAUAUCCCUUUCUCUUUUAUCUCUGCUGUAUCUUUGUUGUCAUUUUCCUCCCUGCACUAUCAGAUUACGCUUUAAUAUCAAGGAAUAAACCUGUCUGAUUAUAUUUAUCUCUGUGGAAAUUUGUUUUAAUAUUCAAACGUUAACCUUUCAUGUGUGGAUUGGAUCAGGUUUGGUGUCUGGGCAGCAGCAUGGAGCCGGAGCAUCAGAUAAACCGAACGGUGGACGGAGCGGUUCUGUCCAUCCUGCUGACAGGCCUGCUGCCUGACGUCCGCUACACCGUCGCCGUGGCUGCUGUCACCAGCUUAGGCGUGGGUGCUCAGAGCCCGCCUGUCAGCCUGCUCCUCAGUGAGUCACUCAAACUGCUUCAGCCACUACACAGAGAGAAAUAUGGCGAGAUGCUCCCUUUAGCGGGCUCAGUUUCCCGUGGGUGAAAUAUGUAUUGGGAAUGCUGACGCUGUGGUGUGAAUGAUUUAACAGAGGCUUAAUCAGAACUGAUGUUAGGAGUGUAAAAACAUGGGAAAGUGUUAUUCAUAGACACACACACACACACACACACACACACACAGGUGGGUUUUGUGUUGUAGCCCUGAGGUGGUGCGCUUUAGUUUGUGAUUUCUGGCACCUUUUUCUCGCCGCCUGUUGUCAUGUUUUCAAAAGAACAACUUGAUUAUGCGACUGACAACAGCCGGAUUGACUCUGCUGGGAGGCUACAAAAAUCCUGUCUGGAGCAAAGCAGGUGAAAAUGUUGUUUAGGUUGGAAAAAACAAGAGGGGGAAAAGCAACAACUUAUUAAAGAUACAGCUGAAAACCACAUUUACACAUAAAUACAACAAAAAAUCAUAAAAUUGGAGAGCUUUUACAACAUUUGAUCUAUUUCUAGUUUAUAAAAAGUGGAUUUAGCCUCAAGGUUUACGAAGUCAAGCCAUGAAAGACGUGCCUCUAAAUGACCAGCAGGGGGCCAAUGCACAGGUUGCAAAAUACGAGAAGUAUGAUUAUAUUUAUUCUUUGAUCAGUAAUUCUGUAAUCUGUAGUAAUUUAGUAGUAUGUAGGGAUGUCCCGAUACUCCUGAUACGAUGCCAUUAUUGUAACCUUCAGUAUUGGCCGAUACUGAUAUUGAUACGAUAUAAGCACAAACUUGUGCAUGACAAGUUUUGCUCUCAGCUGCAAUGUCUUUUUCUGACUUAUACAAAAAAUACUGACACAUAGCCGACAUCACUCCUACUCAUUCCUACUUUGUUAUUACCUUCAUACACACUGUUGUUUUGAUUAAGUGGACUCUGCACGCCGGAUCAGGGCGCUGCUAGAUAGCGGUGCUGGAGCGGAGUCUGGAAUAGACUGCUUGUAUUGGAGAUUAUAGAUGCAGGCCGAUAUAAUCCAGUAUUUGUGUUUGCCGAUAUCAAUAUCAGAUUGGGACAUCCCUAGUUUAAUGGUCUAAGCCCCUAUUUUCAAGUAGUCUUUGACACGGUAUUUUUAAAUUGAAGUCCCAGUUAGAGUCUGACAGUAAAGUGGGUGUGGCUCAGGAAGUGGCUACAUGUGAUUGACAGUUAAGGUGGAUUUAAACAUAUCAUUCAUGCCCCCCCAAUCCAAAAAAUUCUGGAUACACCCUGACAAACAUGAACUUGAUCAUAAAUCAGCUCAACUAAGUCUCAAACUUUGCUGCUUUUCUCUCAGCUCCCUCGCUGGACAGGACCUUCACACCCGCCAAGAAAGGCGGCAACCUCAGCAUAUCAGAGCAGAUCACCAGUGUCGUCCGACAGCCGGCCUUUAUCGCAGGUCUGGGUGUCGCGGCCUGGUUGGGGCUGAUGGGCUUCAGUGGUUGGCUCUACUGUCGGCACCGCAGGAGGAAACAGCUGGGACACUACACCACAUCCUUCGCGUACACACCUGCAGGUUCGCUGGAAAAGUCUGAUUUGUGUUUCUUAUCUAGAUCCUGACAGCUGCCGGAUGUUCAAAGUAUUAACGGGGAUAUGUUUCAUAUCAUAUACAGAUGGAGUUUGGGGAUGUGACAUUUCUGGUAGAUUUUCAGCACCUUUGGGUUUUUUGAUGUCAGGGAGAUUUCUCCUUAAAGAGCCAACUUUGGAUCGUUGGAAAAAGUUACCGUGAUGUGAUCCAGGAGGAUUUUCAGACACCCUUAGAUGCACUCUGUCACAUUUGAUUCAUUACAUUCCUCUUGUUCACCAAAAGGAGAAGUAACAGAGAAGAGGAAAGACUCGAGCUGUGAUAAAGCAACGUGUCAAAUUCAGUUUUGAACAAUUGGCAGAGACGGAGCUCUCAAAAGACCGCUGGAGUUAUCUCCUGCGGUGAUAAACGAUUUUGGUUUAAGUUGAAUCUGGCAGAGGGGGCUCAUGCACUUUCACUGUAUUUUCUGUAAUUAAAACAUAUUCAUCCCCACUGGGUAGGAAUAUCACUGAAGCUUACAUAAGCUCCAUGCAGUUUAUUUUAGAAUAAGCCCUUUGGUGCAGAAACACAUUGGUAGUUUUCUGACUCGGAGAGAUAUUUGCUUGUGGUUGCAAAAACUCAAUGGAUGGCAGAGAGCUUAAGAAAAACUGUUAACUUGGUAUAAACAAGAUUUAUACUUUAUAUCAGCUCUGGGAGUGUACAUUACAUGAUUGUAUGUGAAAACUACUCUGGAUUGAUUUUCUCUAACAGUUGGCUUCGCUCACAGCGAGGGAUCUGGAAUCAUCAACGGAGGGUAGGCUGAAUAUGACGUUUUAUCAACACAACAUCUCUAAUAAAUAUCUCUAUGAUGAAUGUGAAUAUUGAUACAACACCUGUCUCUUUUCUAGGCCUGGUUUGCUUGGAUCAAAUAUGGGUAACUACCCCUGGUUAGCUGACUCUUGGCCCACUCCGAACCUCUCUCAUAACGGCAAAGACUCAGUCAACUGCUGCUCAGGCAAACUGGACACCGACAGAUAUUAUAACAGUAAGAGCUACCUGCCUUUAAAUGUUCGGUUAGAUAACUCUAUUCAGAAAACUCAUAUCUGUCUGUAACAUUUAACCAUCCAGGCAUCAUGAACUACCCCAACCAGACGGAAAAACGCAGCACAGCAUCCACUGACAGUCCCAUCUACAGCACCAUCAACACGGCUGCGGAGGACGACCUGCUGGCGUACUAUGACACCUACUCCAGCACCUCCUACAACCAGGGGCCGGACCCAUACAGCAGCAACCCUGUACUGUCGAAUACUGGGCUCGCAGGUCUGGAGCAGGACCUGGACCAGUGGACAUUACAGUCCGGUCAGUCGGGGUCUGAAUACGCCAAGCUCCAGUACACCAAGAAAAAUAACGGUACGUUUUCCUCGCUGCCUCUUUUUAUAGAAAGCAUAAAGGUCGGAGAAGAAGAUGUCGUGUUCACCUGCCUGUACAUAUUUUAAGAUUAUAGUCAGCUUCUGUCAGGAAAUUUUUAUUGGCGUGUUUGCAUGAAAUGUGGCGUGAAGCUUGAGGACUGUUGCCAAGGUUACCGGCAGUUUAGUUCGCCUCGCUCUCUGAUUCUUAACUAUGGUUUAAUGAGAGGCGAAACUGUGCUUGUUGCAUAGUGAUGCUCGGUUUUAAUGCCUACAAAACUUUUUUAUAGCCGUGAAGUAAAUUCAAAAAGUUGCUGCAGAAUAAAUAACGAAGUUGUUGCUCAAAAGUUAGAAGUUGGCCUGACUGUCAUAAAUGUAGCAUGUGAGCUUCAACCUUUUUAAAAUGAGGAAGAAAUAGACCAGCAUGUCUUAAGGUCUGGAAGCAAAAUAACAGAUUUUUUUUAAUGGAGUCUGGUGGCUUUUGAAUCAGCAACAUAUUGGCUGAGUGUUAGUCAAAAAGAAAAUUGAAAAAGCGAUAGUGUGGUGGAAAAUCCAGCAUAAACUCAGUAAACAAUGCACAGGAGACAGGAUGAGAUCUGAAGAACAGCCUGGGUGUCUUUUAUUGUACAGAUGUAGAAAGCAGAAGUAUGACAAACACAGUCUGGACCAAAUCCAAGGAGAGCCUUCAUAAGCUUUUCUUCUACUCCCUUUUAUACUGUCAGACGUGUUCCUGAAUACAGUCAUUGAGUACUGCUUGUACCUCUGAUGUGUGUGUGUGUGUGUGUGUGUGUGUGUGUGUGUGUGUGCUCUUUCCUACCUAUCCAAGCGGGGAAUUUGACAUUGUAACACUUCCACCAAGAGGGGACCGCAUAGCCAACAGGGGACAUCUUUUAGGUCCCCUCUCAGUCAUGCUUUAAAUCAUGCUAAAAUUAUGUGUAACACACUCUGGUGAUGUUUUAAUUUGUAUUUUAGCUAAGUGGGGACCUGAAGGUGUGUGUGAGUGUUUAAGUCCAUGCGAAGCUAUCCCCCUGUAGGCUGGGACCGGAAUCACAAUGACCCUUAAGCACACAUCGUUUUACACACACUCCCUGAAGGUGUGAAUGGUUUGCACUGAAGGCAGCCUUUCAGACUGCAGAGGGGCUGUUUGACAGGUUACUGGGUGCAGAACAUGUCUCUUAAAGAUGUUUUCUCUUUGUUUUGAAAAAAAAAUUAAAGAAAUUCCUUAAAAAACACACACAUUUUAGACUUUGACAAGACUCCUGAGGUUUUCAUUCCCAAUACACUCGCUUAACCAGUUUUCACAAGCAUUGGAUUUCUAUUACUUUGUUUAUUUAAUUCAAUAUAAUUCAAAGAUCGGUCUACACUUCUGAGAAUGAAAUUUUUUUUAACCAUGCACAUUACAAAAAAAAAAGGGACUUCCACUUUUUAAAGCUGCUUCACACUCCGCCAUGGAUGAAAAUAAUAAAUACGUAAAAUGAAUAAGUAAAAUGAUAAACCUAAAUAUAUAAUUGUUGGUCAAAUAUGAUUUUUUAUGCACAUUACAAAAAAAGGUACUUUUACUGUUUAGAAUGACAGAAGUUCCCUGUUGGCUGGUAAAUAGUGACAGGAGUUCCCUCUUAGAUAGAGUAGAGUGACAUUCACACUCAACCAUGAAAUUUGCCAAAAAUAAGCAAAAUAAGUCAUCAUGGGUACAUCAUAUCUAUCCUCCAGGAGGCUACCCAUGAUGACGUGUUGCACUGAAACUCAACACUUUGUUUAGAUUAGUCUUACCCCUCCAAGAGAUUAGCUCUAAAUGUUCUGGCAGACAGAUAGUUUUGGUCUCUGCAAAACAGCCUUACUUACAACCUCUUAGUCAUGAGGCUGCAUAAGUAGGCCAACCAGAUUAUUUGUAACCUCUUCAUAAAAGAUAAUCACUCAAUAUUUCUUAACCUAAAUGUAUGAAAAAAUUCAACUACAAUAGCACCCUGUACACUUUUGUGUUUUUUUCUUUGUCUCUGUAGAUAAACUUUUGAAACAGAAGUCCAGCGGAUCCAUGUCAAAGGCAGUUCCUCUCACCUGGGUGGAUGUUUUGUCGCUGCCUCUUCCUGCUAACAAACAAAAAGUUCACGCAAAGACAGGCAGAGAAGAGACGCAACACAGGUGAGACUCGUCACAACAUUUUGAAAUGUAAUUAAAGUGUUAAAUAGUCACUUUUUGCUUUCUUAAUGAAGGGCUGUCUGCCGUUUAGUCAGUCAGUUUAUUAUUAGCAUCAGGACCUCUGACUUCCACUUAAUGACAAAGAGAGUUAAGGCCAAUGAAAAUCAAAGCUGCCCUGUAACUCUGCCAAAGCUGUCAAGGAGAACUUUAGUCUCUGGGAAGUUUCCAAAUUAACAACACUUCUUUCUGCAGGCAGUGAGUAGAUUACGCUCCGGGGUUAUGUAGGGGGGCGUCUCCUCUAACUAGUUCUGACAGAUUAGACUGCGGACAUACAGGGGUGGGAUAGUAGGGCUGUUCUGACUGUGCCGUGUCUGUUGUAAUGACAUUAGCCACCAUCUGACAGUCUGAAUUAGUACUUUCCACUUUCAAUGACAAGUCCAUCAUUAAAUUAGCCCCCGACGGCACUGAAGUGACAACAGAAAGCAUGGGGGAGGUCCUGUUCUCCUCAACCCUUUUCUAUUUCUUAUAUCUGAUGUUGUUAGUUUUAUUUUUUUAACAGAGUGCUGCAAGGUCUAAGGGUCUGGUUUGCGUGUUUGCGUAUUCAUAGUCCCAGAGGAUGACUCUUUUUUAACUUUUAUAAAAUACCUGGCAGCUCAUCAUGAUGUCAGCAAUUAGGCAGAUUUUCUAAUUCUAAUUUAAUUGAGAUAAAAUCUGAUAUUGUUCAUGUUUCCCAGAGGAUGAACUCAGCUGACUUUUGUUAAAUACCUGAUGCCCUGUAUGAUCUGAUCAUCUCUUUGUGAAGAGUUUAACAAUCUUGUCCUUUUAAUAUCUAGAAAAUACCAAAAAUCAUGUCCCCCAGAGAAUGAAUCCAACUGACUUUUGUAAAUAUGUUACACCUGUUAUAAUUUAAGCAUCUCUUGAUGAAGUGUGUCCUUGUCCAUAGUAUUUAUUUUAACUUAGGAACAAUCAUUCAUGUCCCCCAGAGGAUGACCCUGAUUGAAUUUGUAAAUACCUGAUGCUCUGGGUGCUUUCAGCAUUUCUUAUUUAAGUGUUUAUAAUCUUGUCCUUUGGAUUUCAACUGACUGAUGUACCAUCAUUUAUGAUCCCCAGAGGAUGAACCUGAUUGACUUUUCAAAUACCUGACACCCCGAAUGAUUUAGCAUCCCUAUAAAAAGUGUUUAAAGUGUUCUUUUUAAUUUCCAUUAACUUUAGUACCAACAUUCAUGUUCCCAAGAGGAAGAGGAAGAACCCGACUGACUUUGUGAUUCAGAAUCAGAAUUCCCAAACUGGGAAAUUAUGAUGUUACAGCAGCUUUUUUCCUAGUGAGCCAAAACAAUAUAGUAAUAUAAGAAAGACUCAUGUCAAGAAAUUACCUUAAUAAAUAAUAUGAAUAUUGGAAUUAUCACUGAAUGCAAGAUAAAACAGAUAUAGUGUGCUAGCAUGCUAACAGACUGAGAGAUUGAACAUGGUCUAAAACAACUGUAGUAUCUCCAUGUACCUUAUGUUGGCCUCACAGAGCCCUCAGCAUGACUGAAACCUUGUGUCUUCUUCACUUUCAUUUCCAAGAAUUAAUGAGGUUUGUUCAGGGUUUUCCUUUGAGGUACACACUCACACUGAUGUUACUCAUAUUUUCUCCACUAGCUCCGAGGAGGAAGAUGACGACUGGUGUCCUCCGCUUCCUGCCAGAACCUACCUGAUGGACACCUCCAGGGAGGAGCUCUCCAGCCUGCCCUCCAAACCAGAUGAGCUGUCUCGCACACCAACACGGUUGUCCUCCCCUCAGCGAGACACACACAAGCUCAGCGACAGUCCCCGGCUGCAGCACUUGGACCUCUUGGCCCGUCACCAGAUCUCCCAGUCCAACCUAGAUCUGUUUACUAACACCAAAACUGGGAACGCCGGUGAGGUGUGCAACACCCACCAGUGGGCUGAAGACUUGAAGGGGAAUAGCCUCAGCAAGGGUCAGUUCAAAUUAAUUUUAAUGUCCCACAUCUUUAGAGGAGACUUCCCAUGAGGCAGCACACAACCACACAGUGUCAUGUAUAAUUUAGAUUAUGAAGUUACCUAACAGAAAGUAUUUGUACAUGAAAAUCAUGUCGCAUUUGCUCAAAGUGCUGCUCAGUGCUCUCUUGUUUCCUUUAAGUUUCCUGAGGAUGACAUCAAUGUGCUUUCUUGUCAGGACAAUCUUCUGCUCCCGCUGCCGAGUCGAGCCCCACAGCGCAGGCACACAGAUCCAGGAGUAAGAAGAGAACAGCCAAGGAUGGACCACCCAGGCGAGAGCUGCACAUCCAGCCAGGUACGACACUCUGGUUUUUAACACAUCUGACUUCUGUUUUAAAUUUGGAUCAAAAGAAAGACGAGUUUUAGUAUUCAUGAGACUCUCUUCGAGCAUUGCUAAACCCUUCAGCAGCAGCGGUUAUAAAUUAAAUAUCACAACAAGAAUUAGAUGGAAAAUUCUGUCAUGUCACCCACGGGCUGAAUUAUUAAAGCUUUUGUGAUCCUCCAAUUCUUCAUCCAGAGUCUGAAUUUUAGUUUCCCUGGCGCGACUUUCCGACAAAAUAAUACUCUUGGAAACUCCAUCUGUCUGUCUUAUCUUUGGUUUGAUUAGUUUAUGGGCGUGUUCAAAUCUGAUAAUGCGGCUGUUGACGUCUUUUAAAGCUGCUAUAAGGAACUUUUGGUUUCUAUUAGUGGCGCCCCCUGUGGACAAAGUGAUGCUGCCUUUCUUUUGUUCUCCACAUGACAAAAAUCUUAACCUGGUGUGUUGAUGAAAUUUAUCACUCACUCAGUAUGUUUACAUGACACUCAAGAAAACCAAAUUAUCGCCUUAUUCCGAUUAAGACCGGACAAAUGAAGUGCAUGUAAACACCUUAGUCCGACUAUAAUCGGAGUUUGACAAGUCUGAUUGGAGUCGAAGAACUCCAAUAGAGACACCCAGAUAAUAAAAUUGGAAUUCGUUUUUCUCUACCAUGUAACCAGCGUAGUCGGAGUAUGAUCGGACCAUGCAUGUGCCCAUGCGCCACGCCCACAUAACUCCAGAACAAAAACACCAGAGAAGAGGAGUAGCAUGCACUUCAUCUGCAGAAAAAGUAGCGCUUACAUCAUGUAUGACAAAAACAACGCUGUACGAUGCUCAAUCUUCUUGCUUGAAAAUAACCAGCAGCAGUUUGAGCCACUUCUGACGUCUGGCACGGACCCGCUGUUGUUGUUGACAGUUGUAUGGAGUCGGAAACAGUGCCGCUGUAAAGACCCAUACCGCCCCCUAGUUUUGGGGAGGACACGUUCACGUCAAUAAUUUAAUUUUCUCAGCUUGCAUGUAUACGCGGAAAAUGAGAGAAGUCCGAUUUGGCGAAAAAAACAAAAUAUGAGCUCAAAACAAUAAUAAAAAAGAUGUUUUUCCAGCCGACAAUCAAGCAUUUGGUUCAGCUAUGUCCACAGGGGGCGCCAAAAUCGACACAAGAGCUCUGACACUCUUACACAAAAUUGGUGUUGGUCUCUUUAUGACUUCCUGUAAACACAGCAAAUAGGUUAUAUGUUUUCUCCUAAAAGUCUGAACUAUUCCUUUAACGGUCAUAUUCCUGUCUACCCAUCAUUCCCAGAACUCCCCCCUCCACCAGCACCUCCCCCAGCAGAUGACUCCCUUAAGCUCUUAGCUGAAGUUUUGAGCCGAAGCCGAACGGACAGCGAAAAGAAAGACGGGAGCGACUCGCCGACUCUUCAGAGGAAGGGGGAGCAUUUCUCACCCCAAAGGAGAGGACCCACAAAGUGGUUAUCGGAGGGUGAGUAUGAAUGUGACACUCUUCUCUGUCGCAUCACUUUAUAUCUGUCAACAGAAUUUAGACAAUAAAAGAACAAUAUCCGUCCCAGCAGCUAAUGCCGUCUUGCCUCGACAGCUGGAACCCAAACAGAUGUAUUAAUACAAUUUUGAUGCUUCAUGUUAAUCCCUUUGAGCUUAGAAAGACCACCAGUUUAUGCACACUCUUUAUCCCAUAGUCCCUCCACUUUUAACUGCAGGGGGGCUAUUUCCAGUCUGCCCUGUCACUUAAGGCUUAACCUAUAUAAAUUCAGCUGUACCUUUGAGUGAUUUGUUUGUCAUCUGCAGAUGAGAAUGUAAUCCCAUAUGGGCAGUCCAGCUUCCUGCCCAGCGACCAGAUGUCAGGCUAUGGGUCCCUGGGUGGAGGAGUCUUUUCACGGCCCUCCACUGCUGGCCGGAGGAGAGAUGAGGUACGUCUGGACUCGAAUUAGGAGCUGCUUGCGUCGGCGUAGAGUGGGUCACAACCUGUCUAUCAGGAAAAUGAGGGCAAAUUGAAUUUUCGGCUUUCCUGAGAGAGUGGAUGGAAAUAGAUUCCAGUGGGUAACCUAAGGUUAUCCAACACUGCCUCUAAACAAAUGAGCCAAUUCUGAAGCUCAAACGCAUGUUAAAAAGUUAUUAGUUGGCAGACAGAUGGAAAAACUCACCCAAACACUCCUCAUACAGGUCUCUGAAAAACAUCUCUCCUGAUAGAUGAGGAUGGAGUCAUACCGCCCCCACCAAAUGUACCUGAAACUCUCCUCUCGUAAGAAAGAAAAUAGUUUGCAUGUCGAUGAAAGUUUGACAGUGUUACCAUUUUGAUGUCAAGGAGGAGAGGGAUGUAAUGUUUUGAAAAUCGAGGGAGGGGUUGAAGGUCAACAAAAACCUGUACAAAUCACCAAUUCAGCAUCAUCCACUUCACUGUUAUUCACGUAUGAAUCACUCUAAAAGCUUGUUUUGAAAUUAUGGUCAGGCACUCUCUUUUAGAGACAACAUUUGUCAACUUGGCUACUUAUCGAGAAAUAACCCUGAUUUUUUAUUCAUGCGUAGUCAUUCAAACAGAAAGUUAACAACAUAUUUGUACUUUAAAUACUGCCUCACCACAGUCGUUUCUGAGCUUAUAUAUCAACUCUGUUACAAGUUAUCUGUUAGGUUUUGUUGGUCACAUAUUAUUGGAAGUUUGCAUCCUGUAUUUCGGUCUAGACUCAGUCGUCUACCAAUUUGGAGGUCAAGGGUACGACAUGUCGAAGUUUCCUUGGGCAAGACACUUGACCCCACCCGCCUCAACUUGUUGCACCCAUUGGUGUGUGAAUGGGAUUAAUCAAAAACUGAUGGGCUCUAUUCAUAGCAGCCUUCGCCAUCUGGUGUGUGUGAAUAUGGCAUGUAAAGUAAAACCACUUUGAAUCGCCAGAAGACUUGAGAAAAGGCUUAAUGUACCAUAUGUUUUAAAAUAUUAACAAUUGCAGCACAUGCUCACACAAAAAAAAGCCAAAGAAAAGUCUCAUUAUCAAUCCAUUAUUAUUUUUGAGGAGAGGGAUAUGUAUUACCCACCCAGCAAAAAGUGGUUGAAAAGACGUCUUCGCCAUACGUCUAAACAACGUCUAGAUUUGGUCCAUCUAAAUAAAGCUUAAUUUUUAACAUCUUUUUUGGACUAAAUUAGGACCAAAUCGAACAGUCUAAAUGAAGCUCAGUUUUCUACGUCGUUUUUUGGGCUAAAUUAGGACCAAAUUGGACCGUCUAAACGAAGCCCAGAUUUCAAUGUCUUUUGUGUAGGCUAAAUUACGGCCAUGACGGGCCGACGUGAUUUAGCCUGAAAAAAGACGUCUAAAUGACGUCUGGUGUUUGGUGGGUAAUGUCACACCCUGAACUGGCGGGAAAGGCUAUUACUUCGCACAAAUCUGAGCUGUCCAGUUUUUUGAAACCAGAGGGGCCCAGACUUAGGGGCCCUUUAGGCCACAUGCAUCAUGUAUGUAGUUUUUUUUACCUCCAAAGUUAGUGUCCUUUGCACCAUCUUAUUUUUCGCAAGCAAUUAUCAAAUGGCGUUCCAAACAGGUUUAUUCACAUUAAAAAUAUCCUACAAUAGUUUGACCACUAAACAAAAUUUGAACACGGAGAGCUGGACUUUAACUCAUCAUGAUGUUUCUGCUUCCUUCAAGCUCUUGAAAAACUAGGUUAGAUUAUGUUGAUUACACCCGUAGUGACAGGUUUUCCCAUCAGCUAACACUAAUUGCAGCAAGACCAACAAACACUACAGGGGAGCCCAAAGGCAAAAAAAAAGACAGGAUCAAGCAUCCAAGAAAAUCCUCUGAUCCAAAAAGGAACUGAGCUUAUAGAGGCAGAAUUACAGGACAAAAUCAAGGGCUACAUGACGAGAUUUAACAUCAGUAACCAUCGCUUUAAUAUUUUCAUGUUAGUGAGAUGCAAAUAAGGAAUUCAUCACAUUUUGACUUUGUGCAAUAACUCAUACUAACUAAGAAAUUGAUUGCAGGCCUGUCUUAAAUUAAGAGAUAAUGAUUUGACUUCAAAAAAAAUCUGUCAGGGUAUUUGUCGGCUAAUUGUCUCUUCAAGUUUCUAACUCUUAAUCGUCUCUGCUUGUUUCUUCUCAGAAUCUCAUGUAG